AUGGGUUCAGUGGUGACCAUGGACUGCAAAGUGUCCGGUUCUCUUCCGAUGUCGGUUGAAUGGAGCAAAGGGAAAGAAAAGAUCACCAAGAGCUCCAAAUAUGAACUGGUGCACAUUGAGAACUCUGUCUCGCUGGAGUUUAAACUGACUGAAGGUUCUGAUACAGGACAAUACUCCUGUAAGGUCACCAACGCAGCAGGCAGCUGUGUGUGCAGUGGGGUUCUCACAGCUAAAGUGCCUCCAAGAUUCGUAGCUGAGCCUGAGUCUCAGGCUGUCAUUCAGAAGUCUGCGGUGCUCUUCAGAAGUGUCUUUGAAGGAACGCCUCCUUUUAUGGUGAAGUGGUUUAAGGAUGACGUUGAACUCCUCACCGGGCCGUCAUGUACGAUCCGACUGGAGGAAUACUCUUCCUCUGUAGAGCUCCACUCGGUCGGGACUCGGCAAUGUGGAAUUUAUUCUUGCCAAGUUUGCAACGAAGCCGGCGAAGUGAAAAGUGCAGCAGAGUUGUUGGUGAAAGAACCACCUCAGUUUAUCCAGAAACUUCCUCCGUCUACCUUUGUGAAGAUUUGUGAGGAAUUCCGUUUCGAAUGCAAAGCCACCACCGCACAUUCCCUGAAUAUGUGCUGGUACAAAGACGACCAAAAGAUAACCGACGGAGGCAACUAUAAAACAAUGUUUGUUGACUCGACUGCGUACCUCCAGCUGAGCUCCACAAGGUUUGAGGAUAACGGCGUCUACACCUGUGAGGCUCAUAACGAUGCUGGCAGUGCGAUCUGCAGCACCGUUCUCACAGUUCAAGAGCCCCCGUCCUUCAUUAAAACUCCAAGUCCAGUAGAGGGCGUUAAAGGGAAGGAUGCCAGCCUCCACUGUGAGGUGUCCGGCACUCAGCCUUUCCAGGUUAACUGGUACAAAGACAAAAGGCCACUGAAGGAGAGCAGGAAGUAUAAGAUGGUCAGUGAUGGCAGCUCUGCCACACUGCACAUUAUGAAACUGGAGCAAGAUGACGCAGGUCUUUACGAGUGCAGAGUUUCAAACAACGUAGGAAGUGGAACCUGCCGCUCUACCAUUAGCCUCAAAGAACAACCAGCGUUUGUAAAGAAGCUGUCCGACCAGUCGGUGACGGUCGGUCAGCAGCUGACGCUGACGGCUCCAGUGAAAGGCUCUGAGCCUCUGUCUGUGUGCUGGGUUCAGGACAAGGAUCACGUCCUCAGAGACGGUGACAACAGGAAGAUCACCUUUGAGAACAACGUGGUCACCCUCGUGGUGCCCAGAGCCGACUCCACCACAGCCGGUAGAUACACCUGCCAGCUGAGGAAUGACUCUGGAGUUGUGGAGUCUGUCUCCCAAGUGACCGUUCUAGAACCCGCUGCUAUUGUGGAUAGCCCCGAGUCCUUGAACGUGAAGUCAGGAGAAAAUACAGCUCUUGAAGUCACAGUGUCUGGCUCACCAGAACUGAAAACUCAGUGGUUCAAGGAUAACAAAGCGCUGUCUGCUGGCGCCAAGUACCAGAUGUCCUUCACAAAGAAGGUUGCCUCCCUGAAGAUCCGCUCUGCUGAUAAAGCAGACGCUGGAGAAUACAAGCUUGAGGUUACCAACCAUGUUGGCACAGCCUCUUGCAAAACUAAGCUCUCUGUCUCAGAUAAGUUGAUUCCUCCGAGUUUCAUAAGGAAGCUGAGAGACACCCACCUGGUUGUGGGUAAGCCUGGUGAGAUGGAGUGCAAGGUCGCCGGCUCUGCUCCUUUAACAACCUCCUGGUUCCACAACGGCCAGGAGAUCAAGACAGGGCCGAACUAUGACAUUAGCUGCACUGAUGAUAACUGCAGACUGAGAGUUCCAACAAUCAGGAUGUCAGAUUCUGGCAAAUACACAUGUAAAGCUGUAAACACUGCCGGAGCCAGUGAGACCAGCGCCUCCAUGAAUGUGACAGAACCUCCAUCUUUUCUGGAAACUCCUGAAGCGAAGGAAACUUUGCCCGGCAAAAACGUGUCUUUCUCGGCUAAAGUGAGAGGCAGUGCCCCCCUGAAAGUGAAAUGGUUCAGGGGAGCUAAGGAAUUGCAGCAUGGAAGAGGCUGCGAGAUCGCCCUGAAGGACGACGUGGCCACUUUGGUGCUUCACAAAGUGGAAAAGUCCCACGCAGGAGAGUACACCUGCCAGAUCAUUAAUGGUGCAGGGAAGGAAAGCUGCCCUGUUAACCUGUUUGUGAAAGAACCAGUCCACUUUGUGAAGAAGCUGAGGGACGUUUCCUCUGAGAAGGGGAAGCCUCUCAGGCUUGAGGUCACAUUCGCUGGAACCCCCAGGGUCAAUGUGAGCUGGAAGAAGGACGGUAAACUCAUCUGGGCCUCAUACCAGUACAAUGUGAUCACCACAGACACCUCCUGCAUCCUGGAGGUUCUUAAUUCUGACAGGAUGGAGGCAGCCGAACGACCGUACUUUGUUGAAAAGAUGGAGCCAGUGGAGGUCGCUAUUGGCGACGCCGUUACCCUGAAAUGCCGUAUUUCAGGAACUCCUGACAUCUCCGUAGCUUGGUUUAAAUCUGACGGAAAGCUGCGCAAGUCCAACACUUGCUCAGCGGACUUCACAAACGGUGUUGCCACUUUGAAACUGACCAAAACAACCAUGUUCGAUAACGGCGAAUACAUCUGCAAGGCAGAGAACCGGGUCGGUUCAUCGUCUGCCAGCUGUAACGUGAUGGUGAAAGAACCGGUGUGCUUUAUCAAGAAGCUGGAGGACACUACGUUCAUAGUGGGUCAGCCACUGAAACUAGUCUGCUCGUACGCCGGGAGCCAGAGGGUCUACGUCACGUGGAAAAAGGAUGGCAAGCUGAUCUGGGCCUCUUAUCAGUAUAACGUUAAAACCACAGAUUCACUCUGCGUUCUGGACGUCCUGAACAGCGACCGGCCCGAGGCUGCCGGGACUUACACUUGUGAAAUUACCAACUCCGGUGGAACGGACGUCUGCCACGCUCGUGUCAGCCUAGAACUCAAAGUGCCUCCUAACUUCACCAAGAAGCCCUCUGAGUCCAUGAUGGACUCUGUGGGUAAGACGGUGAAGAUGGAGGGUCGGGUGGUUGGCUCCCAGCCGCUGGAGGUCACCUGGUACAAAGACGACAAGGAAGUCUACAGCUCUGACAAGUACGACGUGAGCUUCCAGAACAACAUGGCGGUGCUGAGUGUCAAAACCUCUAGCAGCUCUGACGGAGGUGUUUACACCUGCAAGGCAUCCAACGAAGCUGGACAAGCUUCCUGUCGGGUUUCUCUAAACAUCUCAGAAUCCGGCCAGGCACCAAAGUUCGACGUCCCUCUGGAGCCAGUGACGGCGAGCGAGGGCGAGAAGAUGAGCCUCAAAUGCGUCAUCAGCGGCUCUCCUCCUCUGAGCGUCCAGUGGAUGAAGGACAGGAGGGAGCUGAAGUCCAGCGGAAACACCAAAAUCACAUUUGUGGGCGGGGCGGCAUGUCUGGAGGUCAGCCCGGUGUCAAAGAGCGACGGCGGGGAUUACCUCUGCAAGGCCAGCAACGCCGCCGGCAGCAACUUCUGCAAGUCCAGGGUCACCGUGAAAGUCAAACGCUGGACUCACCUCCAGGAUUUCUUUCCAGAUAAAGGAGCCAAAGUCGCCCCCAGCGAGGCCGCCGCCCCGGCUGCUGCUGCUGCUGCUGCUGCUGCUGCUGCUCCGGCCAAAAGGCUCGACAACCUGUUCUUCAUCGAGGAACCUCAAAACAUUUCAGUCACAGAGAAGGGCACCGCGACCUUCAUCGCCAAGAUCGGAGGCGACCCAAUCCCCAGCGUGAAGUGGAUGAAGGGGAAGUGGAGGCAGAUCACCCCCGGUGGGCGUAUCUCCAUCGAGCACAAGGGCCAAAACGCCAAGAUGGAGAUCAAAGAGGUGACCAAGUCCGACUCCGGCCUCUACAGGUGCAUCGCCACCAGCAAACACGGAGAGAUCGAGUGCGGAGCUGAGAUGGAGGUCACCAAGAAGGAGGAGACGGCAGGAAUCGGAGAUAUGAGGACGAAGCUGAAGAAGACUCCCUCAAAGCAGAAGAGUCCCAAGAAAGAGGAAGAACUCAGUAUCGUGGAUUUGCUCCGAGGUCACGACCCCAAAGAAUACGAGAGGAUCCUGCAGGAGCACGGCAUCCACGACUUCCGCGCCAUCCUGCAGGCCGUCGAGUUCCUGAAGAAGGAGAAGGAGAUGGAGUCCGGAAAAGUGGAGGUGGAGCGCGGCGGUCGGGUUGAAGAGGAGGACAUGGCCCGACUCAUCCAGCAGCUGGAGGGACGCGUCAGCACCGAGGUACCCGACUACAACAGUCCGUUUACUGCUGAGGCUGAACCCGUCUCCGUGAUGGAGGACAUCAGCGACCAGUCGACAGCUGAGAACCAGAGCGCCACCUUCGAGUGCCAGAUCCGGAUCAACUACCCGGAGAUCACCCUCACCUGGUACAAAGGCACCCAGAAACUAGACGCCGGCGACAAGUACGACAUCAGCAGCGUUGGCGACCGCCAUUCUCUGCGCAUCAAGAACUGCCAGUCCAAAGACCAGGGCAACUACCGCGUGGUGUGCGGUCCUCACAUCUCCAACGCCAAGCUCAGCGUCACAGGAGCUGCCUCCAAGACCGCCGAACAAAUUCAGUUCACUAAACGCAUCAGAAGCAUCGAGGUCAGUGAACGCCACUGUGCCACCUUCGAGUGCGAGUUGUCCUUUGACGACGCCACCGUCUCGUGGUACAAAGACUCAUGGGAGCUCAGAGAGAGCCCCAAAUAUAACUUCAGGGCCGACGGCCGACGCCACUUUAUGACCAUCCGCAACGUCACGGCCGAGGACGAAGGCGUUUACUCGGUGAUCGCCCGUCUGGAGCCGAUGGGAGAAGCUCGGAGCUCCGCUGAGCUUCACCUGUCAGACAAAGAGAUUGAGUUAGGGAGGGUUCCUCAGGACGUCAUCGACUCGUCCGUUCUCGUUCCAGAAGCAGCUUCUCUGUUGGUUAGAGUUUCUGAGGUUUACAGGAGACCGGAGGAGGAACCUGUAGCUCCGCCUCCAGUCACAGAAGCUGGAGUGAAGAAGCUGCAGCCUGAGGAGACCGUCGGCGCUCCGGCUCAGAGAGAAGAAGCUCCAGAAGAACCUUCAGUUUACAUCGAACCAGAACCGGAACAAGAGAAAGUGACCGUUCCCAGAAAGGUCACACCUGAACCAAAGACUAGAAUGGUUCCUCCUGAGCCCAAAGAGGCUCCUCAGGAACAGAAGGCUCCUGAGCCCAAAGAGGCUCCUCAGGAACAGAAGGCUCCUGAGCCCAAAGAGGCUCCUCAGGAACAGAAGGCUCCGGAGCUCAAAGAGCCUAAAAUGAAGCCUGAAGCUGAAGCUCAGCGGGUUGAACCUGUGAAGAAGAAAGCAGCCGCCCCUAAAGAGAGAGUUCCUCUGACGACGGAUCUGAAGCAAACAACAGAAGUGCUUGAAGACAGCAGGGAGUCGACUCUAAAGAUGGGGGAGAGGAUUCCUCAGACAGAAGAAGUUGGACACAAGCAACAGGAAUUCAGGACAUAUGAAAGGAGAGAAGAGACCAGGAAGUCAACUGUGAAAGAAGAAAUGACUGUGAAAAGGGAAAUAAGACGACAAAUGGUUUCUGCAAAGGAAGAGGAGGAGGGUCCUACGUGGUACGGUGGAGGUCAGCAGGUUGAAGACACCGAGCCACUAGAGGACAUUGAGCCAGCAUACACUGAACAUGAGGCUGAACUGGAGGAAACUCAACCUCAUGAUGGAGAAGACUUUCCAGAAGACAAAGCAGUGGACCGGAGAGAAGGACUGUCUUUGAGGUCUGCCUCUCCACCUCUGAAGGAAGCUGACCUUCUUCCAUCAAACAGAGACGUUACACCUCCACCAGAAAUGACUCGCCCAAAGAAGAAAGAAGUCCCUCGUCCUGACAAUGGAUUCACAUCCCCAAGAGAGUUACUGGGCAUCAAGAAAACUCCUCAGCAGAGAGACAUUAUUGAGUCAUUUGUGUCGCUACUUCAUGCUGAAGAAGAAACUGUCUCUCAAAUAGAGGACAUUGUUAAACAUAAAAUCUCAUCUACAUCUAAAGAAAUCACUGUACAGGAGAAGUCUAGAGGGCAUAAAGAAGUCACUAUUUUUAAGCAAGCUGACUCGGUUGAAGAGGAAGAAGUUCGAUCUGUAAGAUCCAUACCUCGUACACAUGAACAAGACUUACCACAAAUUCCUCCCAAAACCACUCUUUCUCAUCCUAUGACAGAAGUUCCUCCCAAAAAAGAAGUAAUCACCCCUAAAAAGAUGGAGUCUACAACCAUGAAAUCUCCCAAAGCUGCAGGAAGAAUGUAUGUUGAAGACAUUGUACCUCUGGAGGAACCAUCUCCUGUGUUGGAAGAAGUGUCCUUUGAAGAAGAACUUUUCCCAGUUCCUUCACCUGAGAAAGUAUUCUGUUUUGAGGAAGAGAUUUUACCACCAAAAGAACCUGUUCUGCCUACAACGAAAGCCUCUCCUGCACUUCACAAAGCUGUUGUUGCUCCUGAAGAAGACUUCCUCCUGAAAGAAGUGACUCCACCAAAGAAACCCAUCACUAAAGCCAAGGUUGCCCUAACUAAAAGAUCUCAAGUUACACCACAGAAGAAAGCGCCAACCCCUGAAGAAGAAACUCUUCUUUCCAAGAAGCCCUCUUCUUUGGAACAAAUUAUCAUCACCCCUGAGCUGGAUUCACCUAAAGAAGGAAGAACCACUGCAGUUAAACCUCCACCAACAAGAGAAGAUGACAAGAAAGCAAAGAAGGGAUCACAGGAGAGUCAACAACAAACUCUUCAGAAAGUUUCUCCCCCUGAGGAGAAGAAAGCAUCUGCACCAAAACCAAAGCCUUCACCUCCUCCUCCUACUCCUGCAGAGAAAGUGUCUCCUGCUGCAGUGUCUCGUCCAGAGGAGAAGAAACCAGCUGCCGUGGCACCAAAGCCCUCAGCUCCUGCUGCUCCUGCAGCACCACCUCUUACACAAAUGGGUAAGAUCCCAGAUCAGGAGGCAAAAACCCCCGAAUCUCCUAAGAAGAAGAGUAAGUUCACCAAAGUCCCCAAAGAGAAGGAACCAGAACCAGAGAUCGUUAAGCUGAAGAAGGUUCCAGUGAAAGCUCCAGAGGCUGAGAAACAAGUCCAAACUCAUAAAGCAGAAGUAUUGAGGCAUGAAUAUGAAGCACUAACGGUUCAUGGACUUCAUGACAGAGAAGAUCGAGAGAUAAUAACUCUCGGAAGAACUGAGCGAGUCUUCACUGCAGAGGAGAAGACGACUCAGUUAGGCUAUUUUGAGGAAGCUGAAAAGGUUGAAGUUGUAAAGGAAACAGAGAAAAAAGGAUGGACAAGAACCCCAAAACCUCCGAAAGAGGAAGAACCUGAGGUGCCAAAGUUAGAAAAAAAGAAAAUAACUAAACUGCCAAAGGCCGAUGAGCAGAAAGACUCAACCAAACUAAAACCAUUUGAAAAAUCAGGGAAACCAGAAGAAGAACUGCAAAAGAUCAAACUAAAAAAGGUGCCAACGAAGCCCAAAGAGCCAGAGAAGGAAGUCAUCACUCAUAAAGUUGAAGUAACGAGGCAUUACAAUACAGAAAUGACAGUUCAGAAGUUCCACGAUAGAGAGGAUCGAGAGGUUCUAACGCUUGGAAGAGCUGAACGAGUCUUCACUGCAGCUGAAGAGGCAUCUGAACUGGAUUAUAUGGAGGAACCUGAAAAGCUGGAUGCAGAAGAUGAGAAAUCAAGAUGGAUUAGAACCCCUAAAACACCAAAAGAUGUAACUCCUGACGUCAGCAAAGACCAGAAGGAGAUCCAGCAGAGGGAAAAGCCUGAUCAGGUACACAAAGAUGAAGAGCCUUCAACUGCUGACAAGAUUUGCAGAAAACCUAAAGUUAUUUCCACACCAGAGAAAGAGAAAGAGCAGGUCAUGUUAAAGCCUUUAACAAAAGUCACCAAGCCUGAAGAAAAGCCAGAUAAAGCAGCCGAGGAAGGGAAAACAAAGGAACCCAGUCGAAUUCCAAGAGAUGAAACUCCUAAAGAACUGAAGGAGCAGCAAAAAGAGGAUGAGAAACCUCGGGAGAAGGAAGAGCCAGCUGUUCCACCAAAGAAGCCCAGUCCACCAGGAAAGAAACCAGCAGAGAAAGAGAUCCCACCAAAACAAACCGAAAUCCUGAAGAAAGGUUUCGAACUCAAAAAGACUCCCUCGCCUAGAGUGGCUAAAGACAAGGUAGAAGAAGAGAAGACCUUCAAACCUAUCGAGCAACUGAAGAAGGUUGAGCUAAAAAGGACUCCAUCACCAAAAGUUGAUAAGCCGAAACCUAAAGAACUUGAGCAGGUCCCCAUUGAGAAGAAGCCAAGCGCUGAAAAAGUCAAACGGAUUCCCAAACCAGUUUCACCAAAAGACUCUGUUGAAGCUGUGACUCUCAAAAAGGUCCCGAAGAAGCCGUCACCAGAGGAGGCUCCACAACCAGAACAGCCUGGUAGAGGCCGGAUCCCCCUGGUGAAGGAGGUCUCUCCUGGAUCAGUGCAGAUGAAGAAGGUGCCCACCCAGCCGGAGGAGGAGGUGUUCGAAGAGGAGGCUGAAGUAAGAGAAGGCGAGGAAGAAGAGGAGGCCUGGGGCUGGGAGUUGGUUCCCCCUGAUGACUGGGAAGGUGAAGGGGUCUACGGGCGUUGGAGACUCCAGGAAUGCCUGGUGCCAAACGAGAGAUUUCUCUCCAUCUUUAUCCUCUUCAUCUGUGUGAUGUCCUCUCAAUGUUCUCAUGUGGACAACAACAUGUAUGGAAAACCAACCGAGGAGCCACCGAAAGGCCGAGGCCGAGGAUUUGGGGCGAGACAAACCCCGUCUCCUGGUGACGGUGGCCGGGGCCGCGGCCUGAGGCCCGGAGGAAAAGGACCGUCACCACCAGAGGAACCCUUCGGAGGAUUCAAGCUCAAAGCCGUCCCUCUGAAGUUCGUCAAGAAGAUUCAGGACAUCGUGCUGCAGGAAGCCGAGUCCAUCGGCUCGGCCGCGGUGUUUGAGUGUGAGGUCUCGCCCUCCACUGCCAUCACUACAUGGAUGAAGGAUGGCAGCAACCUCCGUGAAGGCCCCAAACACAAGUUCACAGCUGACGGCAAAGAUCGCAAGUUGAACAUUAUUGAUGUGCAGCUGUCCGACACCGGUGAAUACACAUGUGUGGCCAAGAACGCUGGCAAGGAAAUCACAUGCACAGCCAAGCUCAUUGUUGAAGAGCUGCCUGUGAAAUGGAUUAAGGAGCUGGAACCAGAGACUUCCUGUAUGAAGAGUCAGCCUAUGUAUCUGACCUGUGAGCUGAACAAAGAGAGAGAUGUGACCUGGAAGCGUAACGGCGCUCUCCUCAAGAAACAGGCUGGGAAAAUAGCCAUUAAUAUCAUCGGUAUGCAGCACGCCAUUACCAUCCAGAACGCCACUGAAGAAGACGCCGGCGCCUACACAUGUGAGGUGACCGGACAGGAAGACGUCACCACGACAACCAACGUCAAAGUGAUUGAAAUCAUCAAAGACUGGCUGGUGAAGCCGCUGAGAGACCAGCAUGUGAAACCGAAAGCCAAGGCCACGUUCAAAUGUGAGCUGUUUAAGGACACUCCUAACUGGAAGUGGUUCAAAGGAGACAACCAGAUCGCUCCUUCUGACAAGGUGGAGAUCAACAAGGAUGGAAAGGACAUGACGCUCACCAUCAACAACUGUCAGCCAGAUGACGUGUCAGACUACACCAUCGAGGUGGAGGACCGCAGAUACACGGCCAAACUCUCACUCGGAGAGCGUGAAGCUGAGAUCCUGAAGCCUCUCUCCAGCGUGGAGGUGGUGGAGAAGGAGGAGGCCAACUUUGACACCGAAAUAUCUGAGGACGAUGUGGUCGGUGAAUGGAAGCUGAGGGGACAGGUGCUGAUGAGGUCUCCGAGCUGCGACAUUAAAACGGAAGGCAGGAAACGUUUCCUGACGUUGAAACACGUCCAGCUGGAUCAGGCUGGUGAAGUGUCCUAUCAGGCGCUGAACGCCGUCACCAGCGCCAUGCUCACCGUCAAAGAGAUCGAAAUGGGCUUUGUUGACACGCUGAAGGACGUUUCUGUGCCUGAAAAGAAACAGGCCAAGUUUGAAUGCACCAUCACCAAGGAGGUGUCAAAGGUCAUGUGGUUCAGGGGGGCGGAGAUCGUCACCCCGAGCCCUAAAUAUGAAAUAAUCGAUGAUGGAAAGAAACACAUGCUGAUUGUAAACAGCUGUGAGUUUGACGAUGAGGGUCAGUACACCAUCGAGGUGUUGGGCCACAGGUCGUCCGCUCAGCUGGCGGUGGAAGGCAUGAGGCUCAAAUUUGUUCAGCAGCUUCAGGACCAAACAGUGAAAGAAGGUAAAGUGGUUCGGUUUGAACUCGAGCUGACGCACGACAACGUGCCGGUGGUUUGGUACCGAAACGAGGUGAAACUCCACGUGAGCCGAACGGUGCUCACUCAUGUGGAAGGAAAGAAACACACUCUAGAAAUGAGGAUGUUGACUCUAGAUGAUACCUGCCAGGUAAAGGCAGAGGCCAAAGGGAUUUACUCCAUGGCAAAGCUCACUGUCAUAGAGGGCGACGCCGUCUUUGUGGUGAAGCUGCAGGAUUACACAGCCACAGAGAAGGACGAGGUGAGUCUGGACUGUGAGCUGAGCAAAGACGUGCCCGUCGUUUGGUAUCACAACGAGAAGGAGAUCAUCGCCUCCAAGCUGGUGGUGAUGAAGUCGGAGGGAACUCGCAGGUCUCUGGUCCUGAAGAAGGCGGAGCAGAGUGAUAUAGGAAAAUAUGUAUGUGACUGUGGAACAGACAAGACCUCGGCCAGCAUCAACAUCGAAGCUCGUGACAUCAAGGUCGUUCGGCCGAUCUAUGGCGUGGAGCUGUUUAACGGAGAGACGGCUCGCUUUGAGGUGGAGAUCUCUGAGGAAGACGUCCACGGCCAGUGGAAGCUGAACGGAGAAGUCCUCAGUCCUUCUUCUGAUGUGGACAUCAUCGAGGAGGGCGGGAAACACACACUCAUCCUGUACAACUGUAAAGUAUCCAUGACCGGCGAGGUGGCGUACGCCGCCGCCAACGCCAAGUGCUCUGCUAACCUGAAGGUCAAAGAACUUCCUCUGAACUUCCUGACGUCGCUGAGUGACGUUCAGGUGUACGAGAAGGACGAGGCGAGGUUCGAGGUGGAGCUGUCGAGAGCUCCGAAGAGUUUCCGCUGGCUGAAAGGUUCUCAGGAGCUGCAGAGCGACGACAAGUACGAGAUGAUCCAGGAAGGAAACAUGUACGUUCUGGUGAUCCGACUGGCCGCCUACGACGACGAAGCAAAGUACAUGUUUGAAGCCGAGGACAAGAGGACGACCGCCAAACUCGUCAUACAAGGUAUUCGCCUGGAGUUUGCCAAACCGAUUAAGGAUGUGACGGUGAAGGAGCGAGAAACGGCCGAGUUCAGCGUUGAACUCUCCCACGACAAGGUUUCGGUGGUCUGGUACAAAAACGAUGUCCGCCUGCAUCCCAGCAAGGUGGUCCACAUGUCGGAUCACGGAAAGACCCACAUGCUGGCCUUCAAGGAGGUCACCAUUGACGACACGUCCAUGAUCAAAGUGGAGGCCAUGGAUAAGACCAUGACCGCCAUGCUCACCGUCAUCGAGGGCGAUCUGUAUUUCACCACCAAGCUGCAAAACUACACGGCCGUGGAAAAGGAUGAGGUGAAGCUGGUCUGUGAACUGAGCAAAUCCCUCGCCGACGUCAAAUGGUUCAAGGACGGGAAGGAGAUCACUCCCUCCAAGAACAUCGCCAUCAGCACCGACGGCAAGAAGCGCAUCCUUAUGGUCAGGAAGGCGGAGAAGGCCAACAUCGGAGAGUACACCUGUGACUGUGGUUCAGAUAAAACUACAGCCAACCUGACCAUUGAAGCGCGGGACAUCAAGGUGGUUCGUCCGUUGUACAGCGUUGAGGUCACAGAGACAGAAACAGCCAAGUUUGAGACGGAGAUUUCAGAAGAGGACGUUCACGGAAACUGGAAGCUGAAGGGAGAAGCUCUGCAUCAGUGUCCUGAUGUUGAGAUCAAGGAGGAAGGAACCAAACACAUGCUGAUCCUCUAUAACGUCCGGAUGGACAUGGCCGGAGGCGUCGACUUCUCAGCAGCCAACGCCAAAUCCAACGCUCAGCUCCGAGUGAAAGCUCGGUCCAUCGGGCUGCUGCGUCCUCUGAAGGACGUGACGGUGACGGCCGGAGAGACGGCGACCUUCGAGUGCGAGCUGUCCUACGAAGGCAUCGUGGUGGACUGGUUCAUGGGAGGACAGAAGAUGGAGGCCAGCGACCGGGUGAAGACCCGUGUGGCGGGCAGAGUUCACGCUCUGACCCUCAGAGACGUGAAGCUGUCGGAGGCCGGAGAAGUCAAACUGACCUCCAAAGACUUCCAGACUCAGGCUCAGCUCAUCAUCAGAGAGCCGGCGGUGGAGUUCUCGAAGCCUCUGGAGGACCAGACGGUGGAGGAGGAAGCGACGGCCACGCUGGAGUGUGAGGUUUCCAGAGAGAACGCAGAGGUACGAUGGUUCAGAGACGGACAGGAGAUCAGAAAGACCAAGAAGUACGAGAUGAUCGUGGAGGGACGCAGGAGAGCGCUGGUCAUCCACGACUGCUCCCCCGACGACGCAAAGAUGUACACGUGUGACGCCAAAGACUUCAAGACCUCCUGCUUCCUGGAGGUCACGGCUCCUCAUGUGGAGUUCAUGAAGCCUCUUCAGGACGUCGAGGUCAAAGAGAAGGAAUCCGCUAAGUUUGAAUGUGAAGUGUCCCGCGAGUCGGCCAAGGUUCGCUGGUUUAAAGACGGCAGCGAGAUCAGGAAAGGAAAGAAGUACGAGAUCAUUGCUAAGGGGGUCAAGAGGAUCCUUGUGGUCCACAAGUCCGUGUUCGACGACGAGGCCGAGUACGAAUGUGACGCCAGAACCUCCAAGACCUGCGGCAUGCUGACGGUCAUCGAGGAGGAGGCCAGGUUCACCAAGAACCUGUCCAACGUGGAGGGGACGGAGACGGACAGCGUGAAGAUGAUCUGUGAGGUGUCGAAGGCCGGUGCCGAGGUCACAUGGUUCCAAGGAGACGAGGAGCUGCCGGAGGGCGGCCGCUACGAGCACAUCGUGGACGGACGCAAGAGGAUCCUGAUCAUCCAGGACCUGAGGAUGGAGGACGCCGGCGAGUACAACUGCAGGCUGAGCCCCGCCGCCAAGACGUCCGCCACGCUCAAACUCAACGAGCUGGCGGCCGAGUUCAUCGCCCGUCCUCAGAACCAGGAGGUGGUGGAGGGCGAGAAGGCCGAGUUCGCCUGCUCCGUCUCAAAGGAAACCUACGAGGUGAAAUGGUUCAGAGGAGACAAGGAGGUGGAAGCCGGAGACAAGUACAGCAUCGUCAGCGAGGGAAAGAGAAGAGCUCUUAUUGUGAAAAGCUGCGAGCUGAAGGACGAGGGAGGUUACGUUGCUCACAUCGGCGGCGUUAAAGCGUCCGCCGAUCUGUUUGUGAUUGAGAAACUGAGGAUCAUCACGCCGAUUAAGGACACGGAGGUGAAGGAGGGAAGUGAGAUCGUGUUCAACUGUGAGACGAACGCAGAGGGAGCGAAGGCCAAGUGGCUGAAGAACGAGGAGACGAUAUUCGAGAGCAGCAAGUACAUGAUGGUCCAGAGGGACAACGUCUUCUCCCUGAGGAUCAGAGACGCCCAGAAGGCCGACGAGGCCAGCUACACCAUCAGCCUGACCAAUCAGAGAGCAGAGCAGGCCAAGAGCACCGCCAGCGCUAAAGUGGCCGAGGAGAAGCUGAAGUUCCUGGACCCCAUCGAGGAUGUGGAGACUCAGGAGAAGAAGAGCAUCAGCUUCGUCUGUAAGGUGAACCGGCCCGAGGUGACGGUGAGCUGGAUGAAGGCCGGCCAGGAGGUGACGCUCAGCAAACGCAUCGUCUACAGAGUCGACGGCCUCAAACACACCCUGACCGUCAAGGACUGCGUGAUGGAGGACGAGGGCGAGUACGUCGCCGUCCUCGGGGACGACAAGUGCGCCGCCGAGCUGAUUAUCAGCGAGGCGCCGACGGACUUUGCGGCGCAGCUCAAAGACCAGACCAUCACCGAGUUUGAGGAUGCAGAGUUCACCUGCAAGCUGAGCAAAGAGAAAGCCGUGGUGAAGUGGUACAGAAACGGACGUGAGAUCAGAGAAGGACCGAGAUAUCACAUGGAAAAAGAAGGCAAGACGUGCAGACUGAUUGUCAAGGUGUGCAGACCGGAUGAUGAAUGUGAAUACGCCUGUGGUGUGGAUGAGAGGAGGACCAGAGCCAGGCUCUUCGUUGAAGAGACCCCGGUGGAGAUCGUCAGACCUCCUCAGGACGCGUUCGAACCUCCAGGCUCGGACAUCGUGUUCGAGGUGGAGCUCAACAAAGACCGGGUGGAGGUGAAGUGGAUGAGAAACAACAUGAUCAUCGUCCAGGGAGACAAAUACCAGAUGAUCAGCGAGGGUAAAAUCCACAGACUGCAGGUUUGUGAGAUCCGACCUCGAGAUCAGGGAGAGUACAGGAUCGUGGCCAAAGACAAGGAUGCCAGAGCCAAGCUGGAGCUGGCAGCUGUUCCAAAGAUCAAAACCACCGACCAGAAUCUGGUAACGGACGCCGGUAAGCCCUUCGUCAUGAGCGUGCCUUAUGACGCCUACCCUCGUGCUGACGCCGAGUGGUUCCACGAGGGAAAGAGCCUGCCCGUCCAGAACAUCGACACAUCCACCGACAAGACCGAGUUCCGCCUGAAGAGCCCCAGCAAGGAGGACCGGGGCCGGUAUAAGGUGGUGAUCAAAAACAAGCACGGCGAGGGGGAGGCGUUCAUCAACCUGGACGUGAUUGAUGUCCCCGGACCCGUCAAGAACCUGAGAGUGGUCGACACCGCCGAUGGUGAGGUCAGUUUGGCCUGGGAGGAGCCUGAGAGCGACGGCGGAAGUAAGAUCGUCGCUUACGUGGUGGAGAGACGCGACGUAAAGCGUAAGACCUGGACGUUGGCUACGGACCGUGCUGAUACUCCAGAGUACUGUGUCAGCGGCCUCCAGAAGGACUCCAUGUACCUCUUCAGAGUCUGUGCUCGAAACCGAGUCGGCAGCGGACCCAUCGUUGCUACCGAGGAUGCCGUCCAGGCCAAGAACAAGUUUGAUGUUCCCGAUGCUCCGGAGAAUGUCGCAGUCGGCGGAGUGAACAGGUUCGGUGCUACUGUCACCUGGGAGCCUCCCAAGCACGACGGUGGCUCAGAGAUCACCGCCUACGUGAUUGAGCUCCGCGACAGGACUGCUGUGAAGUGGGAGGCGGCCAUGGUCUGCGGCGCCAACGACCGCUCGGCCACGCUGAGUGAUGUGGUGGAAAACAAGGAGUACAUCUUCAGAGUCCGAGCCCAGAACAAGGCCGGCAUCGGCAAGCCCAGCGCUGCCACCAAACCAGUCAAGAUCAUGGAUCCCAUAGAGAGGCCGAGCCCACCUCUGAACCUGAACUACAGCGACCAAAUCAAGACGGCAGUCACGCUGACUUGGGAGACGCCAACCAGCAACGGCGGCAGCAUGAUCACCGGAUACAUCAUUCAGAAAUGCGACGAUGGUACCGACAAGUGGCUCCGCUGCAACGCCAGACUGUGUCCAGACCUCUCCUACCGGGUGUCUGGUCUGAAACCCGGUCAGAAGUACCUCUACAGAGUUUGUGCUGAGAACGCCGCCGGCCUAUCCGAUCCAGCUGAGCAACUGGGACCGCUUCUCGCAGACGACCCUCACGUUGGUCCAACCUUUGACCUCAGUGGCUUCAGGAAGGGCCUGGAGGUGAUCGUCCCUCAGCCUCUCACCAUCAGAGUCCCCAUCACCGGAUACCCGACCCCCGUCGCCAAGUGGACCUUCGGAGAGAAGGAGCUGACCACCGCUGACGAACGCGUCUCCAUGGUGACGAAGCCUACGUUCACGGAGCUGACGGUCACACCGAGCGUCCGCCCAGACAAAGGCACCUACAGCCUUCAUCUGGAGAACGACGUCACGGCCGUCUCCGGAGAGAUCGAAGUCAACGUCAUCGCAUGCCCUAGUGCUCCUAAGGACUUCAAGGCGUCCGAGGUCACCCGACAUCACGUCCACCUGAUGUGGGAGGCUCCGGAGCACGAUGGAGGAAGUCCAGUCACCCACUUCCAGAUCGAGAAGAGAGAAGUGUCUCGCAAGACCUGGGCCAAGGUGGCUACCGGCAUCAUGGACCUGGAGCACACAAUAACUGAUGUGGUUGAAGGAAAGGAGUAUCUGUUCAGUGUCACCGCUUGCAACAAGUGUGGCCCCGGAGAGCCGGCGUACAUCGACGAGCCCGUCAACAUCUCCUCUCCUGCCACUGUACCCGAUCCCCCUGAGAACCUGAAGUGGCGUGAUAAGAGCGGCAAGGGUAUCUUCCUGUCCUGGGAGCCGCCGAAGUACGACGGCGGCGCCCCGAUCAAAGGCUUCGUGGUGGACAAGUGUCAGCGUGGUACCGACAAGUGGGAGCCCUGCGGUGACCCCAUCCCUGAGCUGAAGUUCCAGGUGACCGGCCUGAUCGAGGGCCAGUGGUACGCCUACAGAAUCAGAGCCUUCAACAAGUUGGGAGCCAGCCGACCAUGCAGGGCCACCGAUGAGAUCCAGGCCGUUGACGCCAGAGAACCUCCAGAGAUCCAGCUGGAUGUGAAGCUGCUGGCCGGUCUGACCACCAGGGCCGGUACCAAGAUCGAGCUUCCAGCCGAUGUCAAAGGAAAGCCGGAUCCCCGGGUGAAGUGGACCAAGGCCGACCACGUCCUGCGAGCAAACGACCGCAUUGCUAUUGACACCCAACCGGGACACUCCAAGCUGUCCAUAGCCGACACCACCAGAGGAGACACCGCCACCUACAUCAUCGAGGCGGUCAACGCCUGUGGACGCGCCACCGCCACCAUCGACGUCAACGUUCUAGAUAAACCCGGCCCUCCAGCCGCCUUCGACAUCUCUGAGAUCACCAACGAGUCGUGCCUCAUGGCUUGGAACCCUCCCAGGGACGACGGCGGCUCGCCCAUCACCAACUACAUCGUGGAGAGUCGGCUGAUAGACAAAGAGGAAUGGGUGAAGCUGUCGGCCACGGUGAAGCACACCACUUUCAAGGCCUGCAAGCUCACAGCUUUGAAGGAGUACGUCUUCAGGAUCAGCGCUGAGAACCAGUACGGCAUCGGCGAACCUGCAGAGCAUGUUCCAAUCAUUGCAAAGUAUUCCUUCGAUCCCCCUGGUCCUCCAACCAGAGUCACUCCCUCCGACAUCGCCAAGGAUGCCGUGACUCUGACCUGGUUCGAGCCGGACGAGGAUGGCGGCAGUCCAAUCACCGGAUACUGGAUCGAGAAGUUUGAUCCAGAGAGCGACAAGUGGAUCAGAUGCAACAAACUGCCCAUCAAGGACACAACCUUCAGGGUGAAAGGACUCCCCACCAAGAAGAAGUACAGCUUCCGUGUUCUGGCUGAGAAUCUGGCUGGACCUGGAAAACCGAGCGUAGAGACCGAUCCGGUCCUCAUCAAAGAUCCCAUCGAUCCUCCAUGGGCUCCUGGUAAACCUGUCAUCAGGGACGUCGGCAAGACCACGGCCCUGCUGGCCUGGACCAGGCCGGAGCACGAUGGCGGGGCGAAGAUCGAAGGCUACAUCAUCGAGUUCCAGAAGACCGGAAGCGAGGAAUGGAUCCGCAUCGCAGAGGAUGUUCCUCAGACUGAGCACCAGCUGCAGGGCCUGAUGGAAAAGCAGGAGUACUCGUUCCGGGUCAAGGCUGUCAACAAGGCCGGCGAGAGCGAACCCAGCGAGCCCAGUGAGCCGGUGGUCUGCAAGGAGAGACUUUAUCCUCCGUCGGCUCCUCAGUGGCUGGAGGUGGCCAACAUCACCAAGAUCAACGCCGACCUGAAGUGGCAGGCGCCAAGCAGCGACGGAGGCUCGCCCAUCACCAACUACGUGGUGGAGAAGAGGGACGUGAGGCGGAAGGCCUGGCAGUCUGUCGACACCACCAUCAAGGAGCUGAAGUACACGGUGACUCCUCUGAACGAAGGGUCGCUGUACGUGUUCCGUGUCGCCGCUGAGAACGCCGUGGGGAUGGGUGAAUUCUGCGAGCUGGAGGACGCCGUGCUCGCCAAAGACACUUUCACAACUCCUGGACCUCCUUAUGCCCUCACGGUGGUGGAGGUCACCAAGAGACACGUGGAGCUGAAAUGGGAAGCUCCCAAGAGCAACGGUGGAAGACCCAUAACCAAGUACGUGAUUGAAAAGAAGGAGAAGCUGGGAACUCGCUGGCUAAAGUGCUGCAAGACUCCAGACAAACAGACUCAGUUUAAGGUGACGGACGUGGACGAAGGCUCUGAGGUUCAGUUCCAGGUCAGAGCCGAGAACGAGGCCGGAGUCGGAGAUCCCAGUGAACCCACGGAGGUCCUCACCAUCGAGGAUGCAACCAGCGCUCCAUCUCCUCCUCUGGAAGUGACCAUCCCCGACGCUAGCAGGGAGCACAUCAACGUCACCUGGAAGCCUCCGGCCAAAGACGGCGGCUCCCCGAUCACCGGCUACCAUGUGGAGGUGGCCGAGGCCCGUCCGGAGCUGAAGUGGCUCAGGGUCAACAACAGACCCAUCAAGGAGCUCAAUUUCAGGAUUGACGACGGAAUCAAACCAGAGAAGAAGUAUGUCAUCAGGGUUCGAGCCAUCAACUCUACUGGCGUAAGCGAUCCGUCCGAGAUCUCUGACAAGGUCUUCACCAAGGAUCCCGACUGUGCUCCAACCAUGGAUUUGGAGGCGCAGGACGUGGUUGUGGUUGAAGGCGAGAAGCUGCACCUGAACAUCCCCUACAGGGCGAUCCCCACACCCAAGAUGGUUUGGCAGAAGGACACCGUGGAGUGCAAGGCUGACGCCAGGCUCUCCAUGACAGUGGAGAUGAACAGCGCUCACCUGGAUCUGCUCAAGUGCACACGAGCCGACGCCGGCGCCUACGCCAUCACCCUGGAGAACAGUCUGGGAACCGCCACCGGGACCCUCAAUGUCAAAGUCAUCGGACUUCCCGGUCAGUGUAAAGACAUCACCUCCAGCGAUGUCACCAAGAACUCCUGCCAGAUCAGCUGGGAAGCCCCGGAGGACGACGGUUGCACCCCCAUCGUCAGCUACACCCUGGAGCGCCGCGAGGCCUCCAAGAAGACCUACGUGCCCGUCACGUCGGGAGAGAACGUCCUGACCUGCACUGUCAAAGACCUCUACGUCAACUGCGAGUAUCACUUCAGGGUGAAGGCCGUCAACAAGGUCGGAGCCGGACAAUAUCUGGAGCUACGCAACCCCGUCAUCACAGAGGAAGUCAAACACAAACCCGACCCACCCAUCCAGGUGGAGGCCCAAGACCCGACAUCCAAGUCCAUCAAAGUCACCUGGAAGGCUCCGGACUCCGACGGCGGCUGUCCCAUCCAGGGCUACAUCGUAGAGAAGAUGGAGAAAGAUGGCGACCGCUACGAGAGGGUCACCCCGAGCUUGGUCCCCGGCUUCUCCUAUGUGGUGACAGGCCUGACGGAGGACGUGGAGUACCAGUUCAGAGUCCGAGCCGAGAACGCCGCCGGAGUCAGCGAGCCGUCCCGCAGCACGCAGCUCAUCAAGGCUGCAGACCCCGUUGAUAAACCAAAGGUCACCCUCCACGCUCGUGUGCAGUCCGGUCUGUGCAUUAAGAAGGGCGAGGAGAUCCGCAUUGAUGCCUACAUCUCCGGCUCCCCGUAUCCCAAAGUCAGCUGGCUGAGGAACAACGAGGACGUCACCAAAGAGCCGACCAAGAAGAUCGUCCCCGUGGUCAAGAAGAAGAAGAAGACCGGGGCCAAGGUUCCUGAACCAGUGGAGGAGUUUGUGACUCCAAUACGUGAGCGUCUGGGUCUGGAUCAGACCAAGAGGGGUCAGACUGCACUGAUGAUCCGCGACGCCAUCAGAGCCGACCACGGCGACUUCAUCGUCCAGGUGGAGAACACUCACGGUGUCGCCACCGCCUGCUGCAUCGUCAACGUCCUUGACAAACCCGGCGCUCCGAUCAACUUCACCUUCGAGGAGAUCAGGAACACCUCGGUCAUCUGUAACUGGGAGCCUCCCGAGGACGAUGGAGGCAGCGAGAUCCUGAACUACAUCCUGGAGAAGAAGGACAACAAGAACGAGGAGAUCGGCUGGAUCACCAUCACCUCCACGCUGAAGGGCACCAGCUGCCCCAUCACCAAACUCAUCGAAGGGAAGGAGUACAUCUUCAGGGUCACCGCCGAGAACAAGUUCGGCGCUGGUCCGCCGUGUGUCUCCGACCCUCUGGUCGCCAAGAACCAGUUUGAUCCUCCCGACGCUCCCAACACCCCCAGAGUCCACGAGGUGACGGCGAGCUCCGCCCACAUCUCCUGGCACGAGCCUAAGGAUAACGGCAGCCCGAUCCUGGGCUACUGGAUCGAGAGAAAGGAGGUGAACAGCAAACACUGGACCCGAGUCAACCGAGCCCUCCUCAACUCUCUGGAUGUGAAGGUCACCGGCCUCAUGGAGGGACUCACCUACAUCUUCAGAGUGUGUGCCGAGAACCUGGCCGGGCCCGGGCCCUUCAGUGAGCCCACCGACCGCACUGUCGCCAUGGACGCCAUCCGUAAUGCCUCCUGGCCCCCCAUUCCAUGGAUCGUGGACACUGGGAAGGAUUCAGUCAUCGUGGCCUGGAAGCCCCCUCUGUACAACGGUGGAGGAGACAUCCUGGGAUACCACCUUGAGAAGGUUUUAGCCGGAGAGAAGGAGUGGACUCGCAGCACAGAGUUCAGGUGUAAAGAGCUGACGUACACCGUGACCGGUCUGACCGAGGGAGCAGAUUAUUACAUCCGCGUCAUCGCCAUCAACGAUGCCGGGCCUGGAGCUCCCGGUGUGACCGAACCCGUCACUGUCAAAGAGCCUGAAGAAUCUCCCGCUGUGGACUUUGACUCCUCCGUGAAGAACGGCGUCAUCAUCAAGGCCGGCGAGCCGCUGAGGCUUCCCGCCGUGGUGACCGGCCGACCCCAGCCCGAAAUCAAAUGGGCCAAAGACGAGGCAGAAAUCGACAAAGAGCGUAUGAUCGUAGAGACGGAGGGCAAGAACACCACCCUGUUCAUCAAGAAGGCCGUGAGGGCGGAUUACGGAAAGUACCAGGUCACCGGCACCAAUGGCAGCGGGACCAAGACCGCCCAGACCAGAGUGGACGUUAUGGACGUCCCCGGACCGGUGGUCGACCUGAAGACGGUGGUGGUGACCAAGAAGAACAUCACCCUCACCUGGUCCGACCCCUUGGAUAACGGCGGCAGUGACAUCUUCGGCUAUGAGGUGCUGAGGAAGGACGCCAAGAUGAAACUCUUCCGCCAGCCCAUCGAGACGGCGUCCUGCAAGUGCGACAUUCAGGGCCUGCUGGCCGGCGAGGAAUACGACUUCAGGGUCGUCGCCAGGAACAAGUACGGCGACGGAGCUCCGGCCGACCUUGGACCAAUCCUGGCAGAGGAUCCCAAAGGUACUCCAUCUGCUCCCGAGAAGCUUCACUACACCGACAGAGGCAAGACCACCAUCACCUUGGCCUGGCAGCCGCCUCGCACUGACGGCGGCAGCCCCAUCAAAGGCUACUACGUAGAGAAGAUGAGGUCCGACGGCACUGAGUUUGAAGUGGCAAACCGCAAGCUCUUCACCGAAUGCUGCGGGACCCUCGAGAACCUGUCGGAGAACCAGGAGUACCAGUUCCGCGUUAAAGCCGUGACCGAGGUCGGGGACGGAGAACCCUCCAAGCCCAUCACCGUCAAAAUCCAAGACGAUGAAAUUGCUCCAGUUAUUACCAUCCUGAAGUUCUUCAAGAGCAAUGCCAUCAAUGUGAGGAAAGGCUCGGCCAUCGACAUCCCGGCGGAGGUGAAGGGACUUCCUCUGCCGACGCUCCAGUGGAUGAAGGACGACGUGGUGAUUGAGAAACCUGAUAACGAAGAGAAGAUGACGAUAGAGACUGAAGAGGUGACUCGGACCACUCUGAGGACUAAGAUCGCCCUCCCAGACACCAUCAGACAGGACAAGGGCAACUACAAGCUGGUGGCUGAAAACUGCUACGGCAAAGCUGAGCACGUCAUCCGGGUCGAGAUCCUCGACCGUCCUCUUCCUCCGAGGAACAUCGUGGUCUCGGACAUCAAGGCGGACUCGUGCUACCUGACCUGGGACGCCCCGGAGGACAACGGAGGCAGCGAGAUCACCAACUACAUUGUGGAGCGCAGGGACGCCAGCAAGAAGAAGUCCGACUUCGAGGUCCUGACCAUCAACCUCAUCGACAGGAGAUACGGGGUCUACAAACUGAACCUGAACGGAGCCUACCAGUUCAGGAUCAAAGCCGAGAACAAGUACGGCUUGAGCGACGGCUGCGAUUCAGAGAAAGUCCAGCUCAGGGAUCCGUUCGGCCUCCCCGGACCUCCACGUAACCCCAAAAUCAUCGCAGCUACCGCGACCACCAUGACCCUGACCUGGAACCCUCCUCUGGACAACGGCGGCUCCAUCAUCCAGGGAUACUGGCUGGAGAAGAGGGAGCGCGGCGCCGUGUACUGGGGCCGCGUCAACCGAGCUCCGGUCACCAAGCCGUCAGUGAAGGGCCUGCAGUACACCGUGCUCAAGCUCAUCGAAGGAUCCGAGUACCAGUUCAGGAUCGCAGCCAGCAACGCCGCAGGAGUCGGACCGCCCUGCGAGUCCAGCGAGUGCCGCUUCGCCGUGGAUCCGUGCAAACCCCCCACCCCUCCCGGCUCCCCCACGGUUAAAGACAAGACCAAGAGCAGCAUCACGCUCACCUGGAGCCCACCGGACAGAGAUGGCGGCAGCCCCAUCAAGGGUUACAUCAUCGAGGUCCACGAGGAGGGCUCUCCUGAUUGGAGGAGGGUAAAUCCCACCGACAAGCUCCACCCAUCCACCGAAAUCACCGUCCCUGACCUGAAGGAGGGCAAGAAGUGCAAGUUCAGGAUCUGCGCUGUGAACGCUGCCGGAAACUCAGAGCCCGCCAAGACGGGAGACAUCCUGGUUCAGGACAUCCUGAUCGAGCCGUUGGUGUCUCUGGACAUCAGUGCUCAAGACCUGAUGAACUGCAGAGCGGGAACCCCCAUCAGGAUUCCCGCCACCAUCACUGGACGACCCGUUCCCAAAGUCACCUGGACCUUCGACGGAACCGCCGAGACCGAGACGAAGAAUGACCUCCACACGCUGCCCGUCGACUCCGAGAUCCAGUCCACUGACACCACCUCGGUGGUCCUGAUCCCAGAGAGCAAACUGAACCACAGCGGCCGAUACAUCAUCAACGCCGAGAGCCUCGCCGGACACAAGGUGGUCAAAGUCAGAGUCAACGUGCUCGACCUGCCUGGACCUCCAAGAGACCUGAAGGUCAGCGACGUGACGAGGGGAACCUGCCGACUCACCUGGAAACCUCCAGAGAGCGACGGAGGAGAGAGGGUGAAGAGCUACUUCAUCGAGAAGAAGACGGUGGACGGCAAAGCCUGGACCAAGGUGAACCCGGCCUGUGCUGCUCAGUCCCUGGUGGUUCCAGACCUGAUCAACGGCCAGGAGUACCUGUUCCGCAUCCGGGCUGAGAACCGCUUCGGGUUUGGCCCGCCCACUGAGACCAUCGAGGGCACCAAAGCCAGAGAUCCAAUCCAUCCUCCCGAUCCGCCCACCAGGUUGAAGAUCCAGAGCGUGAGGAAGGGCGCCGUGAAGUUGACCUGGAAGGCUCCAAAGAACGAUGGCGGUUCACCCGUCACCCACUACAGUGUGGAUCUGCUCUGCUGGGAGGCCAGCAGCGCCCAGAAGGAGUCCUGGAGGAGGUGCAACCGGAGGGACGUGGACACCACCAGCUACAAGGUGGAGGACCUGACGGAGGGAGACGAGUACGAGUUCAGAGUGGUGGCCUACAACGAGGCCGGACCCAGCCGACCCUCCACCACAGCCGGACCCAUCGUCGUCCAGGACCAGACCUGCGCUCCGUCCAUCGAGCUGAAAGAGUUCAUGGAGGUGGAGCAGGGAUCCGACAUCAGCAUCGUGGCCACGAUCCGCGGCUGUCCGUUCCCCACGCUCACCUGGUACAAGGCUCCGCCCCACAAGUCAGACAACAAGGUGGAGGUUCAGUACGACGAGCACAUCAACAAGAUGGUGUCCGACGACGGCUGCACGCUGCUGAUCCAGCAGGGCAAACGGGCCGACACCGGCCUCUACACGCUGGUGGCCUCCAACAACAUCGGCAAGGCCUCCAAGGAGAUGAGGCUCAACGUGCUCGGCCGACCCGGUCCUCCCUCUGCUCCCAUCAAGUUUGAGGAGAUCGGCGCCGAGAGGAUCACGCUGUCCUGGCUGCCGCCGAAGGACGACGGCGGCUCCAAAGUCACAAACUACGUCAUCUGGAGGCGCGUGGCCAACAGGAAGACCUGGGUGUCCGUCACCAACGAGCCCAAAGACCGGAUCUGGACGGUGGAGAGCCUGAUGGCGGGACACGAGUACGUGUUCCGCAUCAUGGCCCAGAACAAGUACGGAGUCGGGGAGCCGCUGGACAGCGAGCCCGAGGUGGCCAGAAACCUCUACACCGCCCCCGGUCAGUGUGAGAAGCCGACGGUCAGCGGUGUCACCAUGGACUCCAUGACCGUCAGCUGGGAGGAGCCUGAGGACGACGGCGGCACUCCGAUCAACGGCUACUGGCUGGAGCGGAAAGAGACGACGGGAAAACGCUGGACCCGCGUCACCCGCGACCCCAUCCGUCCAAUGGGCAUGGGCGAGUCGUUCGUGGUCAGGGGACUCAUUGAUGGCUCCCAGUACCUGUUCAGAGUAUCCGCCAUCAAUGCCGCCGGACCCGGACUCGCCAGCCCCCCCACAGACCCCAUCUUUGCCAGAGACCCCAUCUCCCCGCCCUCUCCUCCAACACCGAAGGUUUCUGAUUGGACCAGGUCCACGGUGGACCUUCAAUGGAUCCCUCCACUUAAGGACGGAGGCUCUAAGAUCAUUGGUUACUGGGUGGAGUACAAAGAGGAGGGCACCGAGGCCUGGGUCAAGGCCAAGGAAACGGAAAUCCGAGGCACCCGAUUGGUGAUCCCCGGUCUGAAGACUGGCGGCAAAUACAAGUUCAGGGUGACUGCGUUUAAUGCUGCCGGUAACGGCGAGCCAGGAGAAGUCCCAGAGGUUCUGGAGGUCAACGACAGAACCAUUGCCCCUGAGGUCGACCUAGACGCCUCCGUGAAGGAGAGGAUGGUGGUCCACGCCGGCGGUGUGAUCCGUAUCAUCGCCUACGUGUCGGGCCAGCCGUCCCCGGAGGUGACCUGGAGCAGAGACGGAGCUGCGCUGCCUCCUGACGCUAAAGUGGAGACGACAGCCAUCAGCUCGUCUCUGGUCAUCAAACCCUGCACCAGGAAGCACCUCGGCGUUUACACGCUGACCGCCAAGAACGCUGGAGGGGAGAAGACGAAGAACAUCACCGUGGAAGUUCUGGACGUCCCCGGCCCCGUCGGCAUCCCCUUCACCGCAGAGAACCUGACCACUGAUUCCUGCAAACUCAACUGGUUCUUCCCUGAGAAUGACGGCGGAUCUCCUAUCAGUAACUACGUCAUCGAGAAGCGCGAUGCCGAGCGCAAGGCCUGGACCUCUCUGUCCUUUACCGCCAGCAGACAGAAUGCCGUGGCUCAUGGCCUCACCAUUGGAAAGUCCUACUUCUUCAGAGUGGCCGCUGAGAACGCCAUCGGCAUCGGACCCUUCAUUGAGACCGCAGCCGAGCUCAUUGUCAAGGAACCAAUCAGUGUGCCCGACCGGCCCGAGGAGCUCGAGGUCACCAAGGUCACCAAGGACUUGAUCAGCGUCACCUGGAAGGCGCCCAAGUUUGAUGGUGGCUCAGAGAUCACCAUGUACAUCCUGGAGGCCCGUAUGAUCGGCAAAGACAAGUUCACCAGAGUGACAAAGGAGAAGCUGAUGGAGAGGAAGUACACCUACGAUGGCCUGAGGGACGGAGACACCUACGAGCUCAGGGUCAUCGCCGUCAACGAAGUCGGACCCAGCAAGCCGUCAUUCUCCACCAAACCAAUCACCUGCAAGGACGAACUAGAGCCGCCGACCAUCGAAGUGGACUUCCGCGAUAAGAUCAUCAUCCGUGUGGGCGAGAGCUGCCUGCUGCAGGGUCGCUACACCGGAAAACCUUCUCCGUCUAUCAUGUGGUACCGAGAUGACGAGGAGCUGAAGGCCGACAAACACGUUAUGUUCAAGAACACGCUGACCACCAUGUCGCUCGGCCUGAUGAAGGCAGAGCGCGAGCACAGCGGCAGAUACGUGGUGGUGGUGGAGAACAGUACCGGAUCCAGGAAGGGGGUCUGCAACAUCACGGUUGUCGACCGUCCAACUCCUCCUGUUGGCCCGGUGGUGUUUGAGGAGGUGCACAGGGAGUACAUGGUCGUCUCCUGGAAACCUCCUCUGGACAGCGGCGGCGUCGACGUCUCCAACUACAUCAUCGAGAAGAGAGACACCAACAGAGAAGUCUGGACCACGGUGACAUCUGCCUCCACCAAGACCAUAUGCAAGAUCCCCAAGUUAACGGAGGGCAGGGAGUACAUCAUGAGGAUCUCUGCUGAGAACAUGUACGGCAUCAGUGACCCUCUGGAGUCUGAGGAGAUGAGAGCCAAAGAUCUCUUCAGAGUUCCAGAGGCCCCCGAGAUGCCAACAGUCAGGGAGGUGUAUGCCACCAAUGCCCUGGUGCUGUGGAACCGGCCUCGCGAUGGCGGGAAACCCAUCACCAACUAUGUCCUUGAGAAGAAGGAGCCCAAUGCCAAGAGGUGGUCCAGAGCCACCAGAGACCAGCUGUACCCGGCCACUCAGUACCGAGUCCAGGACCUGGUAGAGGGCUGUGAGUACGAGUUCAGGGUGAUGGCUGAGAACGAGCUGGGAACCGGAGACCCAAGUGUCCCCUCCAAACCCAUCCUCGCCAAAGAUCCCAUCGUGUGUCCCAGCCCUCCUGUGACCCCCGAGGCCUACGAUAAGACCAAGGACUCUGUCAGCCUGAAGUGGAAGUUGCCCCGCCAUGAUGGGAAAGGCCGGAUCUUCGGCUACCUCGUCGAGUACCAGAAGCCUGGUGCCGUGGAGUGGAAUCCGGCCAACGAGACCCCAGAGCAGUGCCCAGACCUCCACUACGUUGUGACGGGCCUGGCCGAUGGACAGGAGUACAACUUUAGAAUCUUCACUGUCAAUGCCGCCGGCAAAUCUGAACCUGCAUACGUGAAACAGACCAUCAAAGUCCAUGACAGACUGGAGGAGCCAGAGCUGCUACUGGACGCAAACAUGGCACGCGACCACCUGGCCAUGCUGGGCACUGACAUCACCCUGAGCGCCACCAUUAAGGGUGUACCAACGCCCACCGUCAGCUGGAAGAAGAACGACGGUGACAUUCCUUCUCACAUCACCGUCGCUGUCACAACCAACAGCAGCAAAGUCUUCAUCCCCAAGAGCGUCCGUGCAGAUUCCGGCAACUACACCAUCACUGUGGAGAAUGCUGCUGGAAAGAAAUCAGCAACCGUUGCCGUACUUGUUCUGAACAAGCCGUCUCCUCCAAGAGACCUGGUGAUCUCUGAGAUUACCAGUGAGUCUGCCUACCUGACAUGGAAGAUUCCCGAAGACAAUGGCGGUGCCGUCAUCUCCCACUACGUCGUGCAUAAGAAGGAUGUGGCCGCAGAGCAGUGGGUUCCGGUCUCUCCAGCCAAUAAGAAGCCGAGUCUGAUGGCCAUGUACUUGAUGGAAGGAAUCCAGUACAUGUUCAGGGUGGCUGCUGAGAACCAGUUUGGCAGGAGCGACUAUGUGGUGACCAGGACACCCAUCAAGGCUCUAGAUCCUCUCUAUUCUCCUGGCCCACCGAAAAACCUGCACCACACUGAUGCAGACAAGACAGAGGUGUGGUUGGCAUGGGAAUGGCCCGACCGCGACGGUGGAAGUGAAAUCACCGGCUUCAUUGUGGAGCACCAGGAAGAGGGCCAGACCGACUGGGUCACCUUCAAGACCGUCAGCAACAACCAUGCCCACGUCACCAGUCUGGUGGAGGGAAAGACUUACCGCUUCAGGGUCAAGGCUCAGAACGCCAUCGGUGUGAGCAGUCCUGACACCAGCGUCCCUGUUACCUGUCAGGAAAAGACAUUGCCACCAACUAUUGAAGUUGAUGUGAAGCUUAUUGAGGGUCUUGUUGUCAAAGCUGGUACUGCUAUUGCCCUCCCAGCCAAGAUGACAGGCAUCCCCAUUCCCACUGCUAAAUGGAUGACCGAUGGCAAGGAAAUCACAUCUGAGGGCCGCCAUCACAUUGAGACAGCUGGAUCCUCUACCAUCCUCAGUAUCCCUGAGUGCCAGAGAGGAGACACUGGAGAGUACAUCCUCACUGUGGCCAAUCCUGCAGGCAGCAAGACCGUUGCCCUGCAUGUCACAGUGCUGGAUCUUCCAGGUCCACCCAUUGGACCCAUCAAUAUCUUGGAGGUUACUCCUGAUUACAUGAUGAUUCAAUGGAGGGCGCCUAAGGAUGAUGGUGGCACGCCCAUCAUCAGCUACGUGGUGGAAAAGAAGGAUGUGAAGAAGUCAUGGGAGCCCUGGUCUGUUGUUAGCUCCAGCGGCACCGGCACCAAGGCCAAGGUGUCCAGGCUGGAGAAGGGCCGUGAGUACAUUGUCCGUGUCCGUGCAGAGAACAAGAUUGGCAUCGGCGCAGGGCUUGAGAGUCCUCCCACUAUUGCCAAGCACAUGUUUAACCCUCCUGGUCCACCAGGCCUGCCAGAGUGCUCUGAUAUCACUGAGAAUGCUGUGACAGUGGAAUGGACCCUGCCUGACUAUGAUGGAGGCAGCCCCAUCAGUGGAUAUGUGAUUGAACGCAGAGAAAUGACAGGAAAGUGGAUCCGUGUCAACAAAACACCUGUGCUGGACCUCAGAUACAGAGUCUCAGGCCUCUUUGAAGGCAACAGCUAUGAGUUCAGAGUAUUUGCUGAGAACGUUGCUGGUAUCAGCGGGCCUUCUCCCACCUCUGACCCUGUUAAGGCCACUCGUGCCAUCACCAAACCCGGACCCCCUGGCAAUCUGAAACUGAAAGACUGGAGCAAGGCCUAUGCUGACAUCUGCUGGACCAAGCCUACAAGAGACGGAGGCAGUCCUAUUCUGGGCUAUGUUGUUGAGGUUCAAAAGUCAGGAUCUGCCCAGUGGGACAGAAUCAACAAGGACCUUAUCAAGAUGUGUGCCUACAGAGUGCCAGGCCUCAUUGAAGGAAUGGAGUACAGGAUUCGCGUCAGAGCCACUAACAAGGUUGGAGACAGUGAACCCAGGGAGCUGGCUGAGACUAUCAUAGCAAAGGACAUCCUGGUGCCCCCUGAGGUCGUUGUUGACGCAUCGUGCCGUGACUCUCUGACUGUCAGGGCAGGUCAGAUCAUAAGUUUGAUCACUAGGGUGAAAGGCAGACCAGACCCGGAGAUCACAUGGACCAAGGAUGCCAGAGCCGUAUCCCGGGACAAGCGCAUUGAGAUAAACAACAACUACCCUCUGUGUGAACUGGUCAUCAACGAUGCAGUCAGGUCAGACUACGGUAAAUAUGCCAUUAACGCCAAGAACAGUAGUGGACAGGCACAAGCCACCAUUAUUGUCAAUGUCCUGGACACACCAGGGCCUUGCCAGAACCUGAGAGCUGCUUAUGUGACCAAGAACUCCUGUAUGGUGUCCUGGGAGAACCCUGAAGACAACGGAGGCACUGAGAUCAACCAGUACAUUAUUGAGUGCCGUCAGCCCAGCCAGAGAGUAUGGACUGUGGUGUCCAAUGACUGCACCAAGCGCUUAAUAAAGGCCUCUCUAACUGAAGGCUGUGAGUACUUCUUCCGUGUCAGCGCAGAGAACAAGAUUGGUGCUGGUCCAGCCACUGAGACCAAGGCACCUGUGCUGGCAGUUGAUCCCAUUGAGAAGCCUGGUGAACCCAUUGACUUCCACAUCUCUGAGAUCGGCAAGACCUUCUGCUUCCUCAAGUGGAGGAAGCCAGACUAUGAUGGAGGUAGCCGUAACCUGGGUUAUCAUGUUGAGAAGAAACCAAAGGAGGCUGAGGAGUGGGAGAGGCUUCACAAGGGUGCUAUCAAGGAGACUUACUUUAUGGCUGACAGGUGCAUCGAAAACCAGAUCUAUCAAUUCAGAGUUCAGACUAAGAAUGAGGGAGGCGAGAGCAACUGGGUGACCACACCUGAAGUUCUGGUUAAGGAACAGCUUGUGGAACCUGAAAUCCAGAUUAAACUGGAUGGAACACUUGUGGUCAAGGCAGGAGACUCCUUUUCUAUAGAAGCAACAGUGAAGGGCAAACCCCAGCCUGAUGUCAAAUGGACCAGAGAUGAGAGCACAAAAGAGUUAAGGAAGGGCCUCAGGCUUCAGAUUGAAACUGGUGCUGACUUCUCAAAGCUGCUGCUUACUGGCGCCAGGCGCACUGACAGCGGUAAAUAUGUUGUUACUGCCUCCAACAGUGCAGGAACCAGCUCUGCUCAUGCUAAGGUCAAUGUACUGGAUAGACCUGGCCCCAUCAGGGACCUCAAGGUGUCCGGUAUCACCAUCGACAGAUGCCAUUUGGACUGGGAAGUCCCAGAGGAUGAUGGUGGCUGCGAAAUCUACAACUACAUCAUUGAGAAAUGUGAGACCAAGAGGGGAGUCUGGUCGGUCCACUCCAAUGCUGUUAUCACUAAUAAAGCUAACGUCACCCGUCUCAUUGAGGGCAAUGAGUAUAUCUUCAGAGUUCGUGCUGAGAAUAAGAUGGGUCCUGGCCCUGCAGAGCAGAGUGAAGCCAUUGUUGCCGGCACCCAGUUCAGUGUACCUGACGCUCCUGAGGCACCAGAGGUCACCAAGAUUGCCAAGGAGGAGAUGACUGUGCAAUGGUCAGAGCCCGAGAAAGAUGGUGGAAAGCCAAUCACAGGGUAUCUGUUGGAGAAGAGGGAAGAGCAUGCCGUUAGGUGGUCGCCUGUCAACAAGGAUCCAAUCCCUACAACUCGUUUCACGGUUACUGGACUACUGCCCCUCCAUGACUACCAAUACAGAGUCAAGGCUGUCAAUGAAAUUGGCAUUGGAAGCCCAAGCAAACCUUCCCGUACCAUAACUGCCAAGGACACAAUUGAGCCUCCUGCACCACCUACAAACAUGAAGGUCCUGGACAGCACCAAGUCCAGCGUUACCCUGGGCUGGACCAAGCCCGUAUCAAAUGGUGGAGCUCCCCUCAUUGGCUACGUUGUGGAGAUGAGGGCGCAGGGAAGUGCCAAGAAAGGAGACGAUGGUUGGAAGAGAUGCAACGUGGCAGCUCAGCUGGUCGUGUGCGAGUUCACAGUCUCAAGUCUGAAUGACGAGCUUGUGUAUGAGUUUAGAGUGUCAGCUCAGAACCAGGUGGGCAUGAGCCUGCCCUGUGACCUGGAGGGUGGUGUGAUCCCCAGGGAGAUUCUCGAGGCACCAGAGAUUGACCUUGACGCAAAUUUGAAGCAGGGCCUGACGGUGAGAGCCGGCUGUCCCAUCAGACUAUGCGCCACAAUCAGGGGUAGACCACCUCCCACGGUCACUUGGAGGAGGAUGGGUAUUGACAACGUGGUCAGGAAGGGAAAAGUCGACAUCAUUGACACCAUGACUUUCCUGGUCAUACCGGACAGCACCCGCAAUGACUCUGGCAAAUACUGCCUGACGCUUCGCAGUCCUGCCGGAGAGAAGGCUGUGUUUGUCAACGUUAAGGUUCUGGACACUCCGGGACCUGUGAUGAAUCUGGAAGUUACCGACAUCAAGCAGACAUCAGCUAUGCUGUCCUGGAGUCCUCCCGAGGUUGAUGGUGGCAGCGAAGUCACUCACUACAUUGUUGAGAAGCGCGAGAUCGACCGCAAGACGUGGGCAACUGUCAAGGCCGAAGUUGAGAAGGAUAAGAUUCCCUUCAAAGUCAGCGGCCUCAUGCCUGGCACCGAAUACUACUUCAGAGUCACAGCUGUCAACGAGUAUGGUUCUGGAGUUCCUAAGCUGUCACCUACUUCCUACCUGGCCUCUGAUCCUGUCAGCAAGCCCGAUCCUUGUGAAAAGAUUGAGGUUCUGGAGAUCACUAAGAACAGUGCCACAGUCGGCUGGGUGAAGCCUGCAAGAGAUGGUGGUGCCAAGAUUGAUGGUUAUGUCAUUGAAUACAUUGAGGUCAAACCUCCUCCAGAGCCUCCAGCACCUGUGGAGGUUCCAGAGGGAGAGGAGGCUCCUCCACCACCCCCACCGCCUCCAGUGGUAGAGGAGGAAGAUGCAGAACCUGAAAAGGAAGUGUGGAACGCCUACACUACAGUGAAAGGUUUGACAAUCAGCAUCAGCGGACUGAAGGAGGGCAAGAGGUACAAGUUCAGAGUGGCUGCUAAGAACAUCAUGGGACAGAGCUCGUUCACCGAGACCAGGCAGCCAGUCGAGAUCAAGGAACAGAUGUUGGAGCCAAAGAUCGUCAUGCCAGAGACAGUGAGCGCCAGAGCCGGAGCCAAGCUCAGAGUGGAGGCGCUGGUUUCCGGAAAACCCACCCCGACCUGCAAGUGGAUGCGUGGUGAGGACGUAGUCGUCCCAUCGAGCCGUCUGGCCGUGCACCAAUCUGGCAGCCUGUGUGUCCUGAUCAUCAAAGAUGUGUCAAGGACAGACAGCGGAGAGUACAGCCUGGUGGCUGAGAACAGCUCCGCAAAGGUGGUGGAGUCCCUGAAGAUGGUCAUUAGAGACAUCCCUGGUGCUCCCGAAGGCCCCGUGGAGAUCAGCGACAUCGACUCUGACGCCUGCUCCCUGUCCUGGCACAAACCACUGGAGGACGGAGGCAGUAAUAUCACCAACUAUGUGGUGGAGAAAUGCGAUGUGAGUAGAGGCGACUGGGUGAUGGCAACCUCUUCUGGUCAGAAAACCAGUUGCCGGCUUGGGAAACUCGUCCCUGGGAAGGAGUAUGCGUUCCGUAUCCGUGCUGAGAAUCGCUACGGGGUGUCAGACCCUAUUCAGUCUGACAGAAUGGUUGCAAAGUUCCCCUUCGAUGUUCCUAGUGAACCCCUCAACUGCCGUAUUAACAAGACCAACAAGGACUGUAUGUUCGUUGCCUGGGAUAAGCCUGAGAGCGAUGGCGGCAGUCCAAUCACAGUUUACUACAUUGAGCGUAAGGAGAGGAACAGCCUGCUGUGGGUGAAGGCCAACGACAAUGUAGUACGCACCACUGAGUACCCAUGUGCCGGCCUCAUCGAGGGCCUGGAAUACACUUUCAGAGUGUCAGCCAUCAACCGUGCUGGCCAGGGCAAACCAAGCAAGAAGACUGACUUUGUGACAGCUAGAACACCUGUUGAUACUCCAGGUAAACCUGAGAUCCUGGAUGUAACCAAGAACUCAGUCACUCUGGUUUGGACCCGUCCCAAGAACGACGGUGGCAGCAAGAUCAUUGGCUACUAUGUUGAGGCCAUGCGGGUGCCAGGAGACACCUGGAUACGUUGCAACACCAGCAGCCAGAAUGUCCCAAGAGAGGAGUAUACAGUGACUGGUCUGGAGAGAGACCUGCAGUACCAGUUUAGAGUCAUCGCCAAAACCGCUGUCAAUAUGAGCAAACCCUCUGAGCCAACAGACCCUGUCUUGGUCUGCGCCGAGAAUGUUCCGCCAAGGGUGGAGCUCAAUGCUAAGAUGCAGAAAGGUUUGAAGGUGAAAGCUGGAGACACAAUCCUCCUGGAGGCUGAGGUGUUCGGUAAGCCGAUGCCCAGAGUGACCUGGAAGAGAGCUGAUGACAGCCUGAAAUCAGGUGAAGGCCAGACUCUCAGCCACGAGAGGAAUCACUUCCAGCUGGAGAUGACGGCAGUCACCAAGGAUCACACAGGAACCUACACCAUCCUGGCCGAGAACGCUAGUGGCUCCAAGACUGCUGAAAUCCAGGUCGACGUCCUGGAUGUGCCUGGCCCUCCUGCAAGUGCCAAAUGCGUUGAGGUGUUUGCCACCAGUAUCAAGUUGUCCUGGGAGCCUCCUCUGAAGGACGGUGGUGCUCCCAUCAGCGACUACAUUUUAGAUAAGCGUGAGACUAGCAGGGCUAACUGGGCCCAGGUCUCUGCCAAGAUCAAAGGCAAUCUCCUUGAGUUCAAUGUGGAGAAGCUGAUUGAGGGUCGCGAGUACCAGUUCAGAAUCCGUGCUGAGAACACAUGGGGAGUUGGAGACCCCCUCAUCACCAACCCCGUCAUGGCCAAGAACCCAUUUAAUGUCCCUGGCCCUUGCGAGGCCCCAGUGAUCACCAAUGUGAUCAAAGAUCGUAUGACAGUGAGUUGGAAGGAGCCUGCCGAUGAUGGAAAGUCCACCAUCCUGGGCUACGUGCUGGAAAAGAAAGAGACCAAGGAGGUGAAAUGGACCAAGCUGACCAGAAAACCCAUGACAGAGAGGAGCCUGGACGUUACAGGCCUCACAGAGGGAGCCGAGUACGAGUUCAGAGUCAGUGCCGUCAACGUGGCCGGGGUGGGCAAACCCAGCGAGCCCUCCGCUGGCACCACUGCACAGAAUCCUAUCACUCCACCUGGCCCAGUUGUGAACCCCAGUAUGAUAGACACAACCAACAGCACCAUCAGCCUCACCUGGAACGCCCCCGCCAACAAUGGUGGAAGCCCCAUAAUUGGAUACUUGGUGGAGUGCAAGAGGACCGACACCACAGACUGGAUCCGCUGCAACGUCCCCAGGAACCUGCAGGACACCAGCUACACCAUCCAGAACCUCAUUCACAAGGCCGAGUACCAGUGCCGCAUCACUGCUGUCAACAAGGUUGGCUUCAGUGAGCCAGUUGAAGUACCCGGCAAGCAUAUUGCCAAGGACAUCAUGAUUGCUCCUGAGGCAGAGCUGAGUGCGGAGCUGAAGGAAGCCCUGGAGCUGCGUGCCGGUGCCACCAUGAGGCUGUAUGCCACCAUCAAGGGCAGUCCCAUUCCCAGGAGCACCUGGGCAAAGAUGAACACCAACAUCAAGGACCGCCAGGGCGUUGUCAUGAAAUCCACCAACACUGACUCCCUGGUGGUAGUUGAGAAUGUCAACAGAUAUGAUGCUGGCAAAUACAUUCUGAGCCUGGAGAGCUUGGCUGGCAUAAAGGUGUACACCGUUGUUGUCAAGGUUCUUGAUACUCCUGGACCACCAGUCAACCUGAUAGUGAAGGAGUCAAACAAAGACAGCGCCUCCAUCUACUGGGACACUCCUCUGAUUGACGGUGGCUUUGAAAUCACCCACUACAUCGUGGAGAAGCGUGACACUGAGAGGAAGGCCUGGUCCAUUGUCUCCAACAACUGCACCAAGACGUCGUUCAAGGUGCCAGACCUGGAUGCCGGACGGUCCUACUGCUUCAGAGUGUCAGCAGUCAACCAGCUCGGUGCUGGAGAGUGUUGCGAGACAGCCGACUCAGUCAAAGCAUCUGAGGAGCCUGGGCCUGUCAUGGACUUCAAGACUCUGCUGGUUACCAAGUACUCUUGCACUCUAAGCUGGAAGAAACCCCUCACCGAUGGUGGCAGUCGCAUCAUCUGCUACGUGCUCGAGGUUCUCAAUGGUGACGACAAGUACAAGGAGCUAAUGAGGUCCAAGAACAUGCAGUACAGUGCCAAGGACCUGGUGGAGGGCAGAGAGUACACCUACAGAGUCAAGGCUGUGAAUGACUCAGGAGAGAGUGCAGCCAAGGAGCUGACUGUGGUCGCCAAGGACCAGAUCAAGCAUAGAGAUUGCCUGCACGCGGCUCUCAACAUAGGGAUGGCUGAGCCAGUGGAUAGCAGCAAACAACAGCAACAGUGCUUUCAUCCCAGCUGUGACUUGAGGGAGCUGCCCAACAUGUGCUACAUUGCCAAGGAGGGCAGCACCGUCCGUCUAAAGAUCCCGAUCAUCGGCAAACCUACUCCCAAGGUCUCCUGGAAGAAGGGAGAGGAAGAGAACCUGACAGACACCGGCCGAGUGUGCGCAGAGUCUUCUGCAGUCAACACCACCCUCCUGAUCAGGGACUGCCAGAGGAGUGAUGCUUCCAAGUACACCAUCACCGUGAGGAACAGUGCCGGCAGCAAGGAGUCCACUAUUUUCAUUAGGGUGGUGGGUAAACCUGGCAUUCCUAUUGGACCCGUUAAGUUCAAAGAUGUUACGGCCGAUGGUGCUACGCUGAAGUGGGUCGCUCCUAAGGAUGACGGAGGCUCAGAGAUCACAAACUACAUCCUAGAAAAGAGGGACUCAGUCACCAACAUGUGGGUGACUGUGUCCUCCACUGUGGAGACCAACACCAUGAGGGUGACUGGUCUCCAUGAGGGCACAGAGUACAUCUUCAGAGUCUGUGCUGAGAACAAGUACGGCGUUGGAGAGGGACUCAAGUCUGAGCCAAUUGUUGCUAAACAUCCUUUCAAUGUUCCCGAUGCUCCUCUUCCACCUCAGAUCAUGAGCAUGCGCCACAACUCUGCUUACCUGGCCUGGUCUGACCCCAGAAAGACUGGAGGGUCUCCCAUCACAGGCUACCAUGUUGAGUUCAAGGAGAGAAACAGUAUGUUGUGGAAGAGAGCAAGCCCAUCUGCCUUGAGGAUGAAGGAACACAAAGUUACUGGACUGACUGAGGGUCUGGAAUACGAGUUCAGAGUCAUGGCAAACAACCUGGCUGGCAUUGGCAGACCAAGUGCUCCCACCGAUCCACAGGUGGCCCUGGAUCCCAUUGAUGCCCCUGGUAAACCUGAUGUGAUCAGCAUCACCAGAAGUACUGUGACCCUGCAGUGGACUGAGCCACAGUUCGAUGGUGGCCACAGACUGACUGGCUACAUCGUUGAGAGGCGUGACCUGCCUUCUAAGGUCUGGGUGAAGGCCAACAACGUUAAUGUUGUGGAACCUGCAUUCACUGUAACCGAUCUGCAGGAGGGCUGCAAAUAUGAGUUCAGAAUCAGGGCAAAGAAUUCCGCCGGGGCUAUCAGCCCGCCCUCUGAGCAGACGGAUACUAUAAUCUGUGCAGAUGAAUAUGCUUCCCCAACCAUUAUCAUUGAGGCUCAGGUGAAGGAGGGUCUGACUGUCAGAGCCGGUGAUACUAUUGUCAUCACUGCCACAAGCAUUUUAGGCAAACCUGCACCAACCUCAUGCUGGUCAAAAGGAGGAAAGUAUUUCAAACCCUCUGAUCUUGUUCAUAUUGAGACCACUGCAACUUCCUCCACUCUGUCCGUCAAGUAUGCCGGCAGGAAGGAUUCUGGGGAGUACGUCAUCACUGCCAGCAAUCCCUUUGGUGUAAAGGAAGAAACAGUCAAAGUCACAGUUCUGGAUGUUCCAGGAGUUCCUGGACCCAUUGAAGCCAGUGGUGUCUCCUCUGAAAAGGUGACUCUUACCUGGACAGCCCCUACCGAGGAUGGAGGCUCUCCUGUCAAGUAUUACACCCUUGAGAAGAGAGAAACCAGCCGCCUGCUCUGGACUAUCCUGGAAGAGAAGGUCAUCGACUGUCACUAUGUCGCCACCAAGCUCAUCCAGGGCAAUGAGUACUUCUUCAGAGUCUCUGCUGUUAACCAGUAUGGUGCCAGUGAGGCAUCGCAAUCUGAGGCAGUCAAGAUGGUUGAUAGAUUCGGUCCUCCUGGUCCACCAUCUAAACCAGAAGUUGAGAAAGUCGAUGGACAUUCAGUCACUGUGACCUGGAGGAGACCAGCCGAGGAUGGAGGAAGUGACAUCAUAGGUUACUGUGUUGAGAAGAAGGAGAAAAAGGGCAUGAGAUGGGUCAGGGCAUCCAAGAAAUCGAUUGCUGAGCUCAGCUAUGAAGUGAUCAGUCUCACUGAGGGCAUAGAGUACGAGUUCCGUGUCCUUGCUGAGAACAGAGCUGGCUUCGGAGAGCCAAAUGUGCCUGGACCUCCAGUCAAUCCAAGAGUCACGGACACAACCAAGAGCACUGCCACUCUGAACUGGGGGAAACCUCUUGAUAAUGGUGGACUUGAAGUCACUGGAUAUGUGAUUGAGCACAAGAAGGAAGGAACAGAAGAAUGGCUGAAGGACACCCCUUCAUCUCCACUUAGGAUCACAGAGUUUGUUGUUCCCAAGCUGGAAACUGGUGCAAAAUACCACUUCAGAAUAAGCGCUGUGAAUGCUAAGGGAGCAGGUGAACCUGCUGAAACUCAGGAGCUGUUUGAGAUUGUGGAACGUGCCGCUGAACCUGAUUUGGAGCUGGAUAUUGAGCUGAGAAGAACCCUUGUGGUCAGGGCUGGCUGCUCCAUUCGCCUCUUUGUGCCGAUCAAGGGACGCCCUACACCUACUGUCACCUGGACUAAGGAGGGUGGUCCUAUCCCACGUGCAGUCAUUGACAGCACUGAGUCAUUCACAAUGCUGAUCAUCCCUGAGAGCUCAAGGGUUGAUGUGGGUAAAUAUGAGCUGACCCUCGAAAACUCAGCUGGAAAAAAGAGUGCCGAUAUACAUGUGAGAGUUCUGGACUCACCUGGACCUCCGAUUAACCUUAAACCAGUCAAAAUUGACAAGGAAAGCAUUACUCUUCAGUGGGAGAUGCCUCUCAUCGAUGGUGGAGCCAAGAUCACCAACUACAUCAUUGAGAAGAGAGAAUCUACACGCAAGGCUUUUGCUACUGCUGUUACAAAAUGCCCAAACACUUCAGUCAGGAUUGGUGAUCUGGGUGAAGGCUGUGAGUACUACUUCAGAGUCUCUGCCGAGAAUGAGUAUGGCAUUGGUGAGUCAGCUGAAACUGCUGAUCCAAUUCGUGCAUCACAGGCCCCUACUCCUCCAGAGAGUAUUAUUCCAACUGAUAUCACCAAGAGCUCUGUGAGCCUGGCCUGGACCAAACCCAAGCACGAUGGUGGAAGCAGAAUUACGGGAUAUGUCCUGGAAGCCCAGAAGAAGGGAACCGAUCAGUGGGCGCACGUAACAGCAGUCAAGACCAUGGACUUCACAGUGAAGAAUCUUAAUGAGAAUGAGGAGUACAUUUUCCGCGUAAUGGCUGUCAACAAUUCAGGUAGAAGUGCUCCACGUGAGAGCAAACCCAUUGCUGUCAAGGAUUCUACUUUGCUGCCACAGUUUGACCUCCGUGGUGUAUGCCAGAAGACUAUUAUUGCCAAGGCAGGAGAUGAUAUCAAGGUGGAAAUUCCAGUUAUGGGACGUCCUAGACCAACUAUCUCUUGGCAAAAGGAUGGCACAGCCCUGAAGCACACACAGAGAACCAAUGUGGAAACUACUGCUGCCACUGUUAUCCUCAGCAUCGGUGAAUGCAACAGAGCUGACAGUGGUGUUUACACUAUGACAGGGAAGAACAUUGUUGGUUCUGUGACAGACAACAUCAUCGUCAAAGUACAUGAUGUACCUGGGCCACCCAAGGGACCAGUUAACAUCGUGGAGAUAGCUCGUACCUACUGCAUCUUUUCAUGGGACACUCCUGAGAAUGACGGAGGUGUUCCAAUCAACAAUUAUGUGGUCGAGAUCAGAGACACCACUUCCCAAACAUGGAUAGAGCUGUCUUCCACGGUCAUCCGUACUAUCUUCAAAGCCAUUCGCUUAAACACUGGAUCAGAGUACCAGUUUAGAGUAAAGGCUAAGAACAGAUAUGGUGUUGGACCUCCCAUCACCUCAUCGUCAGUAGUGGCUGCCUAUCCUUUCAAAGCCCCUGGACCUCCUGGUACUCCUGGUGUUGUUGCAUUUACCAAGGACUCCAUAACAAUUGGCUGGAAUGAGCCUGUGGCUGAUGGUGGAAAUGAAGUAAUUGGUUAUCAUGUUGAGAGGAAAGAAAGAAGCAGUAUCAUGUGGCAGAAGGUCAGCAAGUGUCUUGUGAAAGGAAACCUCUACAAAUCCUCUGGGCUUGAAGAUGGAGCUGCCUAUGAGUUCCGUGUCAUGGCUGAAAACAUGGCUGGAAUUGGUAAGCCCAGCAAAGCCUCAGAACCAAUACUGGCGUUGGACCCUGUAGACCCACCAGGUCAGCCUGAGCCAAUAUUUGUCAAUAAGAAUGUCAUCACCAUUCAGUGGACAAAGCCCGAGUACGAUGGUGGUUUCAAAAUCACUGGCUACACAGUGGAGAAGAAAGAACUACCUGCUGGGCGCUGGAUCAGAGCCAACUUCACCAACAUCACUGAGACCACAUUCACUGUCAGUGGACUGACACAAGAUGCCUCUUAUGAGUUCCGUAUUAUAGCCAGAAACUCAUUAGGUGCAGUGAGCUUGCCCUCUGAGCACUCAGACCCAAUUACCUGCAAAGAUGACAUUAUUGAGCCACGCAUUAUGGUUGAUGCCAUCUUUAAGGAUGUUGUUUUACUGAAGGCAGGAGAGUCCUUCAAGCUUGAUGCUGACAUUGCUGGUCAACCAACCCCAUCUAUGGUUUGGACCAAGAAUGGAAAGGAGGUUGAGAACACAAUGAAACUUGAUCACAUCUUUAAUGUUAAAGUGCUCGACAGACCUGGACCACCAGUUGGACCUCUUGAGGUGUCCAAUGUCAAUGCUGACAACUGUGUACUCACCUGGGCUCCACCUGCAGAUGAUGGGGGUGCCAAGAUUGAAGGAUACGUGAUUGAGAAGCGUGAGUCAAGCAGACUGGUUUGGACCAAUGUGAUUUCAGACUUGCAAGUUACACAAUAUAAGGUGACCAAGCUGCUGAAAGGAAAUGAAUAUAUCUUCAGAGUUAUGGCAGUAAACAAAUAUGGACUUGGCGAGUAUCUUGAUUCAGAACCCACUAUUGCAGACAACCCAUAUGUGGUUUCAGGUCCUCCAACAAAUCCUGAAGUGACAGCUAUUACUAAAGAUUCUAUGGUUGUUAUGUGGCAAGCGCCUGUUAGUGAUGGUGGAACUCCCAUCACCAACUACAAUAUUGAAAGGAAAGACAGAAUAGGCCUCCGCUGGGUCAAAUGCAACAAGCGAAAGGUCAAAGAUCUACAAUUCAAGGCAGCAGGCCUUGUUGUCGGACAUGAAUAUAAAUUCAGAAUUAUUGCUGAGAAUGCUGCUGGAUUGAGUGCUCCAAGUGUCUCAAGUCCAUUCUACAAGGCUAGUGAUGCACUGUACAAGCCAGGGGCCCCAUGUAACCCCAGAAUCCUGGACACAACCAGGUCCUCAAUUACUGUCGCCUGGAACAAACCUGUAUAUGAUGGUGACUCUGACAUCACUGGUUACAUUGUUGAGACCUGCAUCCCAUCUGAAAAGGAGGAAGAGGAGGAAUGGACCAUUGUGACACCCAAAGAAGGACUCCUUGCCACCUCGUUCACCAUUAUUAACCUGAAGGAGAACCAGGAGUACAAGAUUAACAUCUCUGCUGUCAACAGUGAAGGAGUUGGAGAGGCAGCAUCUGUGCCUGAAAAUACCAAGGCAGAGGACAGGCUCGUGCCACCUGAGAUUGAUUUGGAUGCUGAGCUCCGCAAGGUUGUCAGUCUUCGAGCUUGCUGCUCACUCAGGCUGUUUGUGCCUAUCAGAGGCAGACCAGCUCCUCAGGCUAAAUGGACCAAAGGAGAUGGUGAGCGUAUUGAGAGGGCAACCAUUGACAGUACAACAUCAUACACCUCACUUGUAAUUGAAAAUGUCAACAGAUUUGACACUGGAAAGUAUAAUCUUACGGUUGAAAACGGCUCUGGAUCCAAGACAGUUACAGUCCAAGUUAGGGUGCUUGACACACCAAGUGCCCCACAGAAUCUCAAGAUUACUUCUAUAACGAAGGAAAGUGUCACUCUGACUUGGGAUCCACCAAUGAAUGAUGGAGGAGUUAAGGUUAAAAAUUACAUUGUUGAAAAACGCGAGUCCACAAGGAAAGCAUAUGCCACAGUCAGUUCUAACUGCCAUCACACAACCUUCACAGUUGACCAUCUCUUGGAAGGAUGCAACUAUUACUUCAGAGUUUUGGCUGAGAAUGAAUAUGGCAUCGGCCUGCCCAUUGAAUCUGGUGAAUCAGUUAAAGUGUCCGAGAAACCACAGCCACCUGGCAAAGUCUCCCUUAAGGAUGUUACCAAGAGCAGUGUCACCCUCUCCUGGGAGAAGCCAGAGCAUGAUGGGGGCAGCAGAGUGGGCUGUUAUGUUGUUGAGAUCCAGCCUAAGGGUGUUGAUAAGUGGAGCCAGUCUGUGAUUGUAAAGGAAACAGAAGCUACUAUUAGUGGACUCAAUGCAGGUGAAGAAUACAUGUUCCGUGUCGCAGCAAGAAAUGAGAAGGGAACAAGCGACCCACGACAGAUUGGUGUGCCUGUGAUUGUAAAAGAUCUUGUAUUCGCACCUGUUGUCAAGAUGUUGUUCAACACAUUCAGUGUGUUGGCAGGAGAAGACCUGACAGUAGAGGUUCCUUAUGUUGCACGUCCCAAAGCAGCUGUCUCAUGGGUAAAAGAUGGUCAGCCUCUGAAGAGAACUACCAGAGUAAACUUUAGUGCAACAGAGACAAUGCUGAACUUCAACAUAAAAGAGGCUAAUAGGGAUGAUGUUGGACAGUACAAUAUUACCAUUAGCAACACAGCAGGGGAGACAACAGCAAACAUUGGCAUUGUUGUACUAGACAAACCAGGACAACCGGGGGGUCCAGUUAAGGUGGAGGAGGUCACUUCUGACAGUGUAACCAUCUCCUGGAACCGACCAGAAUAUGAUGGUGGCUGCACGAUCAAAAACUACAUUGUGGAAAAGAGAGAAACAUCCACAACUACCUGGAUGGUUGUAUCUCCUAAUCUUGCAAGAACCAAAAUAAAGGCAGGCAGGUUGAAGACUGGUUCGGAGUAUCAAUUUAGAAUCACAGCAGAAAACAGAUAUGGAAAAGGCCCAGCUCUUCUCACGGAGUGUAUCGUGGCUCAAUACCCGUACAAGCUCCCAGGACCACCAGGAACACCAUCCAUUGCAGCCUGCACCAAGGACAGCAUGGUGGUGGCCUGGAAUGAACCUGUUAAUGAUGGUGGAACUACUAUCUUGGGCUACCAUCUUGAACGCAAAGAGAGAAACAGCAUCCUUUGGGUCAAACUCAACAAGUCUCUUAUUACUGACCAAACUUUCAAGACUGCUGAUCUGGAACCAGGAAUGGAAUAUGAAUACAGAGUUUAUGCAGAAAAUAUUGUUGGAACAGGCAAAGCGAGCAAAGUAUCUGAGGCACGAGUUGCUAGAGAUCCUUGUGAUCCCCCUGGCACCCCAGAGGCCACAAAGAUCACGAAGGACUCCGUGACCAUUGUUUGGACCAAGCCUGAAUAUGAUGGUGGUGCAAAGGUUACAGGUUACAUUGUGGAAAAGAAGGAUCUUCCUGAAGGUCGUUGGCUGAAGGCUAACUUCACUAACGUCAUUGAGACAGAAUACGUUGCAACCGGACUUGUGCAGGACAAUCAGUAUGAGUUCCGUGUCAUUGCCAGAAAUGCUGCUGCUGUUUUCAGUAUGCCCUCUUACAGCACUGGUCCUAUCACUGCCAGGGAUGAGAUUGAACCACCACGCCUCAGCAUUGACCCAGAGUAUACACAGACUAUUGUAGUUAAUGCCGGAGACAACUUCAAGAUUGAUGCAGAUGUUCAUGGCAAACCAUUGCCCUCUAUCCACUGGAUGAAGGGAGAGCAGGAACUGGGCAACACUAUUCAUAGAGAAAUUAAAAAUGCACCCACCAAAGCUUAUAUAUCUGUCAAGGAAGCUAAACUUUCCGAUGGAGGCCAAUACACUCUGCUGCUGAAAAAUCCAGGGGGAGAAAAGGCUGUACAGGUCAAUGUUGUUGUUCUAGAUAAACCUGGCGAACCACAGGGACCUUUUGUUGUUACAGGAAUAACCAAAGACAGAUGCUGCCUCGCAUGGAAACCACCACUACAAGAUGGUGGCAGCAAGAUCUCUCACUACAUUGUAAAGAGGAGAGAGACAAGCAGGCUAGUCUGGACUGUUGUUGACCCAAAAGUGGAGAAGACUUGUUUAAAGGUCACAAAGCUCCUGGAAGGAAAUGAGUACAUAUUCAGAGUCCAUGCUGUCAACCAGUUUGGAGUUGGUGCACCACUUGAGUCUGAUGCUGCCAUAAUAAAAGAUCCAUAUGCAGUGCCUGGCACACCUAAGAAGUUGGAAGUUUCAGAUAUUAAAAAAGAUUCAAUGAUGCUCACCUGGGAGGCUCCUUCUGAAGAUGGAGGCAGUCCUAUCACUGGAUACAUAAUUGAGAAACAUGACAAAGAAGGUGUAAGAUGGACCAGAUGCAACAGGAAAACAGUCACUGACUUGACUUUCAAGGUCACUGGACUUAUGGAAAGCCAUAAUUACGAAUUCAGAGUUGUAGCUGAGAAUGCUGUAGGCGUUGGUGAGCCAAGCUCCCCAACUGUAUACUUCAAAGCGCUUGAUCCGAUCUUCAGGCCUGGCCCACCACACAAUCCAAGAGUAACUGACACAACCAAAACAUCCGUAUUCCUAUCAUGGGGCAAGCCGGUCUGUGAUGGAGGCUGUGAGGUUCAGGGAUAUGUUGUUGAGUGUUGCACUACCACAGAGACACCGGUGCCAGCCGAGGCUCCUGCUGAAGCCCCAGCUGCCGAGGCAGCCGCCACAGAUGCCCCUGCUGAGGAAUGGACAAUGUGCACACCUCCAACAGGUGUCAAGAAGACCAAGUUUGAAGUUGUAAACCUGAAGGAAAACCAGGCAUACAAGUUUAGAGUAUGUGCUAUCAACAAAGUUGGAGUUGGUGAGCAUGCUGAUGUCUCUGGAGCUGUUGUUGCCCAGGACAGGGCAGAGGAGCCAGACCUUGACAUUGACCCAGAACUGAGAAAGAUUGUGACCAUUAAAGCUGGAGCUUCCCUGAGACUGUUUAUUCCUAUCAAAGGAAGGCCCACUCCUACCAUAAAAUGGGACAAAGAUGAAGCUGCACUUAAAGAGACAGCUCAGCUCGAGGUGACCAGCAGUUACUCAUCCCUUGUAAUUGAUAAGAUGAGCAGAAAUGACAGUGGAAAAUACACCAUCACUGCAGAGAACGCCAGUGGAACCAAAUCUGCAUUUGUUGUUGUCCGUGUUCUCGACACACCUAGUGCUCCUGUUAACUUGAAAGUGAAAGAAAUAACAAACCAGUCUGUGACACUGGCAUGGGAGUCACCUUUGUUGGAUGGUGGGUCCAAGAUCAAGAACUACAUUGUUGAAAAGAGAGAAAGCACACGCAAGACGUAUGCAGCUGUUGUAACAAAUUGUCAUGCUCUUUCAUGGAAGGUUGAGCCACUCCAGGAGGGUUGUAGUUACUAUUUCCGAGUCCUUGCUGAGAAUGCACAUGGUGUUGGCCUUCCUGCAGCAACUGCUGAUCCUCUUAAGGCCUCAGAGGUGCCCCAGUGUCCAAAGAACUUGAUUGUUACAGAUCAAACCAAAACAAGCAUCUCAUUGGCCUGGGAGAGGCCUGAGUAUGAUGGCGGUAGCAGAGUCAUUCAGUACCUGCUCGAGGUGCAACUUAAGGGCCAGGAAAAGUGGUCUGGUGUUAACACAUUUAAGACAAUGGAGACUACUGUUUCUAAACUGAACCCAGGAGAGGAGUAUCUGUUUAGAGUUAUAGCAGUCAAUGAUAAGGGAAAGAGUGACCCCAAAGCCCUCGCUGGUCCAGUGAUGACCAAGGACUUAGUCUUUGAGCCAGAUGUUCGACCAGCAUUCAGCAGCUACAGUGUCAAAGUGGGCAAAGACCUAAAGAUUGACAUUCCCUUCUUUGGACGACCUAAACCAACAGUCUCAUGGACGAAAGAUGGAGCCUCUUUGAAGUUCACUACCAGAGUCAACAUUCUCAACACACCAACACAUACAACACUGAGCAUUAAGGAGGCAGCAGGUGAUGAUGGUGGCAUGUACAGUAUACAUGUUGCUAACUCUGCUGGAAAGAAAGACGCAACAGUUGAAAUAAUUGUACUUGACAAGCCUGGCCCUCCAUCCGGCCCUGUGAGGUUCGAUGAAAUCACAACACAGAGUGUCACUCUUUCAUGGGAUCCACCGAAGCACAAUGGUGGCUGCCAGAUUUCUAACUACAUUGUACAGAAGAGAGCUACUACUUCAACAACAUGGGAAAAUGUCAGCAUCAACUAUGCCAGAACCACCAUCAAAGUGCCUAGACUGAAGACUGGAGCUGAGUACCAGUUUAGGAUCAUUGCUCAGAACCGCUAUGGCAAGAGUCAUGGUCUGGAUUCAUCUAGUGUAGUCGCUCAGUACCCAUACAGAGAGCCAGGCCCACCAGGCACUCCCUUCAUCUCUUCUCUCUCUAGGGACCACCAGGUUGUUGAGUGGCACGAGCCUGUCCAAGAUGGAGGCAGCCCUGUCCUUGGCUACCAUCUUGAAAAGAAAGAGAGGAAUAGUAUACUCUGGAUCAAGAUCAACAAGACACUUAUUCACGAAACUGUUUUCAAGAGUCACCCAUUGGAAGAGGGUGUUGAGUAUGAGUACCGGGUUUAUGCUGAAAAUAUAGUUGGCAUUGGCAGGUGCAGUAAGGUCUCAGAGGGCUGUGUUGCCCGUGACCCAUGUGAUCCUCCUGGCACACCAGAGGCCAUCCAUGUGACCAAGGACACCAUUGUCAUCCAGUGGACUAAACCAGAGUAUGAUGGUGGCAGUAAUAUAACUGGCUAUACUGUGGAGAGGCGUGAUCUGCCAGAGGGUAGGUGGGUGAGGGCAAACUUCACUAAUGUGAUUGAGACCCAGUUCACUGUCACUGGUCUGACUGAAAAUGCACAGUGUGACUUUAGAGUUAUUGCUAAAAAUGCUGUAGGCACCGUCAGUAAGCCAUCCUAUAACAGUGGACCAAUUACUGUAAGUGAUAAGUUGGAAGCACCCAAAUUCUCCAUUGACCCAGCAUUCAUCAAGACCAUUGUCAUCAAUGCCGGAGAGACCUUUAAGCUGGAUGCCGACGUCCAUGGCAAGCCACUCCCAACAAUCCAGUGGUUCAAGGAUGAAAAAACAAUUGAGAACACACUCAGACUGGAGAUUAAAAACACAGAAAACCAUGCAAUGAUUGUCAUUAAGGACUCUGUUAGAAUUGAUGGUGGAAUUUACACACUUCAGCUGACAAAUGAGGCUGGCAAGGAAACUGUUCCAUUCAAGGUUGUUGUCCUGGACAGGCCUAGCCAAUGUGAAGGACCACUCCACAUCGCUGGAGUAGCUGAAGACAGAUGCACACUGGUAUGGCGCCCCCCUCUACAUGAUGGAGGAAGUCCUAUUAAGCACUACUUAAUUGAGAGAAGAGAGACCAGCCGGCUAGCUUGGACUGUUGUUUCCAACAGCUGUGAAACCACAUGCUACAAAGUCACCAAAUUACUUGAAGGCAACGAGUAUAUGUUCCGUGUCAUGGCAGUUAACAGUUAUGGAGUCAGUGAGCCACUGGAGUCUGGUGGAGUGAUUAUGAAGACUCCAUUUGUUCCUCCUGGUUCACCUCAUAUUGAGGAUGUAUCCAACAUUGCUCACGAUGGCAUGACCAUCACAUGGUCAGCCCCUGAGACUGAUGGUGGCAGUGAGAUUACCAAUUACAUCAUUGAAAAGAAGGACAGAAAUGGAAUAAAAUGGACCAGAUGCAACAGACAGAAAGUCACUGAUCUCUCCUUUAGAGCUACAGGCCUAACCACCGGCCAUGAAUAUGAAUUCAGAGUGGCUGCUGAGAAUGUAGUUGGAGCAGGAGAACCAAGCCUUCCAAGUUCAUACUACAAGGCCAGUGAUCCCAAGUACAAACCUGGUGCCCCAGCAUAUGUGAAUGUGAUUGACUCCACAAAUAGUUCAAUUACCGUGUCAUGGGGUAAGCCUGUGUCUGAUGGUGGCAGCGCCAUUCAAGGAUACAUUGUUGAAGUCUGCAAGGCUGAGGAGGAGGAAUGGACCAUGGUUACUCCCCCCACUGGCCUGCGUGUCAACAAAUAUGAAAUAACCAAACUUACUGAGGGUCAGGAGUACAAGAUACAGGUGUGUGCUUUGAACAAACUGGGAGUUGGUGAGCCAGCAGCUCUCUCUGGAACAGCUAAGCCAGAGGAGAGGUUGGACCCACCAGUGAUCCACCUACACUCUGAGCUGAGGAAGGGCAUCACUGUGAAAGCUGGUGGAUCUGUUAGAAUCCAUAUUCCAUUUAAGGGCAGGCCAACACCUGAGAUUAAGUGGACUAAAGAUGAGGGUGACUUGACUGAAAAAGCAGUGGUUGAGAAAGCUCUCAACUUGACACAGUUGUCCAUUGACUCAUGUGACCGGAGUGACUCUGGGAAAUACACCCUGAUCCUGGAGAACAGCAGUGGGACUGUGUCUGAGUUUGUUGCUGUAAAAGUCCUGGAUACACCUGGCUCCCCACAGAACCUUGUGGUGAAAGAAGUCAAAAAGGACUCUGUCACUCUUGUAUGGGAUGCCCCACUGAUUGAUGGAGGUUCCAAAAUCAAGAACUAUGUCAUUGACAAACGUGAAUCAACCAGAAAGACAUAUGCAAAUGUCUCAACCAAAUGCACAAAGACAACAUUCAAAGUUGAGAACUUGAUUGAAGGUGCUAUGUACUACUUCAGAGUCAUGGCUGAGAAUGACUAUGGAAUCGGCCAGGCUGUUGAAACAAAGGCAGCUUUUAAGGCCUCCGAGGUACCACUUCCUGUUGGAAAAAUCUCCCUCACUGAUGUCACCAAGGCCAGUAUCUCACUGGCCUGGGAGAAGCCUGAGCAUGAUGGCGGCAGUAGAAUUGGUGGCUACCUAAUUGAGAUGCAACCCAAGGGUACAGAUAAGUGGGGAGUUGCAACAAAUACAAAGACAUGCGAGGGCACUGUCACAGGCCUCACAGCAGGAGCAGAAUACCUAUUCCGUAUCAUUGCUUACAAUGAGAAGGGAAAGAGUGAGCCAACCGCACUUGCUGCACCCAUUGUUGCCAAUGACAUAACUAUGGAUCCCAGCAUUAAGAUGCAAUUUAACACCUACAGUGUAUUAGCUGGAAAGGACUUGAAAUUGGAGUUCCCUGUGCUUGGCAGGCCCAAACCUAAAGUGUCCUGGAACAAGGAUGGUCAGUCUUUGAAGGUGACAUCAAGAAUCAAUGUCAUAAACACACCAACAACAACUGGAAUUAAAAUUACUGAGGCAUGCAAGGAGGACUUUGGCAAAUAUUCCAUCACAGCAACCAAUAAUUCCAGCACAAUCACUGAGGAUGUGACUGUCAUUAUCCUUGACAAGCCUGGUCCACCAAAAGGUCCAGUCAAGGUCGUUGAAGUGAGCAACACUUUUGUUCAUCUCUCCUGGGAGCCUCCAGUGUACAUGGGUGGAUGCCAAGUAAAGAACUAUAUAGUGGAGAAGAGGGACACCACCACCCAGACAUGGCAGUCAGUCACCACACAGCUUGCUAGAACAGCUUUCAAGGUCACUAAGCUGAAGACUGGGGCAGAAUACCAGUUCAGAAUCAUAGCUGAAAACAGAUACGGAAAGGGUGCAUCUCUGGACUCCAAGUCCAUCGUUGUUCAAUAUCCAUACAAACCACCAGGGCCUCCAGGAACACCAUUCGUCAAAUCUGCAUCAAAGGAAAUGAUGAUCAUUGAAUGGAAUGAGCCGGUCAAUGAUGGUGGAAGUACAGUUAUUGGGUACCAUCUAGAAAGCAAGGAGAGAAGCAGCAUAAUGUGGAACAAACUGAACAAGACUCUUAUCACUGAUACUCAGUUCAAGAUCUCCAAUCUAGAAGAGGGUAUUGGCUAUGAAUUCAGAGUCUAUGCUGAAAAUAUUGUUGGCAUUGGCAGAUGCAGUAAAGUGUCUGAGUCCUUUGUUGCUCGUGACCCAUGUGAUCCUCCUGGUGCUCCUGAAGCUGUAUCUAUUUCUAAGAGUAUAAUCAGGAUUCAGUGGACCAAGCCUCAGUAUGAUGGUGGCAGCAAAGUGAAUGGAUAUAUUGUGGAGAGGAAAGAUCUUUCCUCCCCUGAUAGACAUUGGGUGAGAGCUAAUUUCACUAAUAUAAUUGAGACUGAGUAUACCAUCACUGGCCUGACAGAGAAUGAGCAGUAUGAAUUCAGAGUUAUUGCAAGAAAUGCAGCCGGAGUCUUUAGCAUGCCAUCCGACAGCUCUGGACCCAUCACUGCUACUGAUGAAAUUGAACCACCAAGGGCUUCAAUGGAUCCCAAAUACAAGGAUGUUAUUAUUAUCAAUGCUGGAGAACACUUGCUUCUUGAUGCUGACAUCUAUGGAAAACCAAUUCCUGAUGUUGUCUGGCUUAAAGAGGGUAAGGAAAUGGACAAAGCCCUGCGCAUUGAAGUGAAAACUACUCAAAAACGUGCAGCCAUUACCAUUAAAGAUGUUACCAAGCUUGAUAGUGGCCACUAUGACUUGAUACUCAAAAAUCUGGGUGGUACAAAACCCUUCCCUAUCACUGUCAAAGUCCUUGAUAAACCAGGUCCACCUGCUGGACCCAUGAGAAUGACAGGACUCAUGGCUGACAGGUGCAUCCUUUCAUGGGCAGAACCAACUCUGGAUGGUGGGGCUAGUAUCACUCACUAUGUCUUGGAGAAGAGAGAGACUAGCAGGUUGUCCUGGACAGUAGCUGCAACAAAUAUCAAGGGUCUGUACCAUAAACUAACAAGUUUGCUUCCUGGAAAUGAAUACAUUUUCAGAGUCAGGGCAGUCAACAAAUAUGGUGUUGGCGAUUAUCUCGAGAGUGAAGCCGUCAUUGCACGCAAUCCUUAUAAGCCACCUAGUGCUCCUGGAUCUCCAGAAGCAAGUCAGAUCACAAAGGAAUCCAUGGUUCUGUCAUGGACUGCUCCUGAACAGACUGGCGGAGCUGAAAUUGAAGGCUACCACCUUGAAAAACGUGACAAAGAUAGUAUUAGGUGGACAAAAUGUAACAGACAAAAGCUGACUGACAACUACUUCAAGGUCACAGGUCUGAUGAUGGACCACUUCUAUGAGUUCCGUGUUGCGGCUGAGAAUGAGGCUGGAAUGGGAGACCUUAGUGAAUUGUCCCUACUCCAUAGAGCGUGUGAUGCCACAACACCACCUGGACCUCCACACCAUCCUAAGGUGACAGACUACACAAAGUCUUCUGUGUCUCUGUCCUGGGGCAAACCAGACUUUGAUGGUGGUGCCUACGUAAAGGGCUACAUUGUUGAAAUGAGGGAGUAUACACCAGUGCCCGAAGCAGCAGAGGAGGCAGAAGUAGCACCUGCAGUAGAGGCACCAGUUGAAAAAGAAUGGACCAUGUGCACUCCACCCACUGGCACACAAGCCACUAAACUCACUAUCAAUGACCUGAAGGAGGGUGGAGAAUACCAGUUCCGUGUUUGUGCUAUCAACUCUGAAGGAGUGGGGGAGGCUGCCAAUGUCCACAGCACUGUGGUUACUUCUGACAGGGUAGAGGCACCAGAGAUGGAGCUGGAUGCUGAUCUCAGGAAGGUGGUAUCUGUCCGUGCAGGUGGAACCCUGCGUCUGUUUGUCACCAUCAGAGGAAGGCCUGAACCUGCUGUGAAAUGGGAGAAAGUUGAGGGUACUCUCACAGAUCGAGCUGCAAUUGACACCACCAGUUCAUACACCAUGCUUGUCAUUGACAAUGUUAACCGCUUUGACAGUGGCAAAUACUCACUAACACUAGAGAACAGCAGUGGUGCAAAAUCUGCUAUUGUUGCUGUGAGAAUUUUGGAUACACCAAGUGCACCACAAAACCUCUCUGUGAAGGAGCUCAAGAAGGAUUCAGUGACUCUUGCCUGGGAUACACCACUUACUGAUGGUGGUUCUAAAAUCACAAACUACAUUGUAGAGAAGAGAGAGUCUGUCAGAAAGGCCUAUACUACUGUCACCAGCAACUGCUUGGCCAACUCAUUCAAGAUUGAAGAGCUGCCUGAGGGUGGAAUUUUCUACUUCAGAGUCUGUGCUGUUAAUGAAUAUGGCCAAGGACAGAUGGUUGAAACUAAAGAAAUCAAAGUGUCUGAAGUACCGCUGCCACCAAACAAGGUUAGCGUUGUAGAUUUGACAAAGACCAGCGUGUCACUGGCAUGGGACAAACCUGCUCAUGAUGGUGGAACCAAAGUAAUGUGCUACAAUGUAGAGUUCAAGCCCAAGAGUGGAGAUAAAUGGGGCACAGCAUGCACAGUCAAGCUGACUGAAGCAACUAUUCCUAAUCUGACUCCUAAUGAAGCCUAUUUAUUCAGAGUUGUUGCAAUCAAUGAGAAGGGAAAGAGUGAGCCAAAGGAUCUUGGUUUGCCUGUGGUUGCAAAGGAUGUUACAAUUGAACCAUCGGUCAACUUACUGUUUACCACAUACAGUGUAAAAGCUGGAGGUGACCUCACUCUUGAGGUUCCAGUCAGAGGCAGGCCUAAACCUGUUGUAUCCUGGAAGAAGGAUGGCCUUCCUUUGAAGCAAACAUCAUCAGUAACCAUCUUAAACACUGCAACCUCAUCCAAAAUGAUCAUCAAAGAGGCUAGCAGAGAACAUGUUGGCAAGUAUGAGGUCACCCUGGCAAACACAGGAGGAACUGUCACUGCAGAUAUUGGAGUUGUUGUCCUGGAUAAACCAGGUGCACCUAAAGGUGUCAAGGUGGAUUCAGUGACAUCAGACAGCAUCACACUGUCCUGGUCUCCACCAGACUAUGAUGGUGGCUGCUCCAUCAGUAACUAUAUUGUGCAGAAGAGGGACACAAACACGCAAGAAUGGCAGAUGGUAGCAAGUAAUGUUGCCAGAACAUCUUUUAAGGCUGGCCGCCUGACACACGGAGCAGAAUACCAAUUCCGUAUCUAUGCAGUAAACCGUUAUGGAAAGAGUACAUAUGUUGAUUCACCUGGAAUCACUGCUCAAUAUAACUUCAAACAACCUGGACCUCCUUCCACACCUAUAGUGAAGUUGGCCACCAAGUCUUACAUGUUGGUGACUUGGAAUGAGCCAGUCGUUGAUGGUGGCAGUCCUGUUGUGGGCUACCAUCUGGAAAGGAAGGAGCGUUCUAGUAUUCUUUGGACAAAGAUGAACAGAGGAAUGAUUAAAGACACAGAAUACAAAGUCAAUGGAAUUGAAGAGGGAAUGAUGUAUGAAUACCGUGUCUAUGCUGAAAAUAUUGCUGGUAUCGGUAAAUGCAGCAAGGCCUGUGAAGCUGUAGCAGCCAGAGAUCCUUGUGACCCACCAGGCACACCUGUGGUCACUGCUGUUACCAGAACAUCUGUGUCCUUGUCUUGGGAUAAACCAGAGUAUGAUGGUGGAGCCAAAGUUUCUGGCUACACCAUUGAACGCAGAGACCUUCCUGAAGGACGCUGGACAAGGUGCAACUUCACCAAUGUGCCUGAGACCCACUACGAUGCAACAGGCCUGACAGAGAACAGUCAGUAUGACUUCCGUGUUAUUGCUAAGAAUGCAGCUGGAUUGUUUAGUGAACCAUCUGACAACACUGGCCCCAUCACUGUCAAGGAUGAUGUGGAUCCACCACGCAUCAUGAUGGAUGUCAAGUUCAGAGAGACAUUGCUUGUGAAAGCAGGAGAAACUCUGAAAAUGAAUGCUGACCUUGCUGGACGUCCUGCCCCUGUCAUAUCCUGGACCAAGGAUGGCAAAGAGAUUGAGCUGAGAGCCAGGAUCCAGAUUGUUUCAACAGAUACCAGCACUUAUGUCAUUGUGAAGGAUAGCGUCAGAACAGAUUCUGGACAGUAUGCUCUGACUCUACAGAAUAUUGGGGGGACAGUUACCAUGCCAAUAAACUGUGUGAUUCUAGAUAAGCCAGGACCCUCAGCAGGACCUCUGCAGAUCACAGGUCUCACAGCUGAGGCGUGCACUCUGUCAUGGGGUCCCCCUCAGGAAACCGGUGGUGCUGACAUCACACAUUACGUUGUUGAGAAGCGUGAGACCAGUCGCUUGGCAUGGACAGUGGUGAAGGGAGACGUCACAAAAACAUACCUCAAAGUCACAGGACUACUUAAGGGCAACGAAUAUAUCUUCAGGGUUUUGGCUGUCAACAAGCAUGGACUUGGUGAGGCUCUGGAAUGUGAUGCUGUAAAGAUCACAGAUCCAUACACUUUUGCCACUGCUCCAACUAAUGUUGAUGUCACUGACAUAACUGGUGAUUCAAUGACCCUCACCUGGUGCAAGCCAGCCAGUGAUGGCGGCAGCCCCGUCACUGGAUAUGUGAUUGAGCGCCGUGAGAAGACUGGUAUGCACUGGAUCCGUGUGAACAAAGAUCCAGUUGUUGAAUGUACCACAGUAGCAACCAAACUCCGCAAGGGUUGUGAGUAUGACUUCAGAGUCUAUGCUGAAAAUGAGGCUGGUCUGAGUCCUCCAAGUGAACAAUCUGCAUCAUUCAGAGCAGCCGAUCCUCUGGUUGUUGCUUCUCGCCCAACUAAGCCGAAGAUUGUCAGUUCAACCAAGGGCAGUGUGUCAAUUGUCUGGAAACCACCAAGACAUGAUGGUGGUACUCCGGUCCUUGGAUACAGUGUAGAAUACAGAGAGUACAUCCACAAACCAGAGCCAGAGAGCUUGGAGUUCACAAUCACUGAACUGAAGACAGAUGCAGAAUAUGAAUUCUGUGUCAAGGCAAUAAACAGAGUUGGCAGCAGUGUGCGUAGCCCAUAUUCAGAUGCAGCCACAGCAAUGGACAGAACUGCAGAGCCAUCAUUUGAUGUUGACAUUGAGAUGCGUAAAGUACUUAUUGUCAAGCAUGGCACAGCAUUUACUCUCAAGGUACCAUUCAAGGGCAAACCUGUGCCAUCAGUGUCAUGGGCCAGGGAGGGCGUUGAUCUGAAGGUCAGAGGAACCAUUGAAUCAACAGGAUCAAGCACUUCUCUGACAAUUGAGAAGUCAACCAGAAACGACUCUGGAGAGUACUGCGUCACUAUUGAAUCACCACUGGGAACAGCAACAUUGCCCAUGGUUGUCAAGGUGCUCGACUCUCCUGGACCUCCUGUCAACGUUAAAGUUUCAGCAGUGACCAGAGAUUCUGCAACCCUCUGUUGGGAAGCUCCAGAAAACGAUGGUGGUGAUGCAGUGAAGGCCUACCAUGUUGAAAAACGUGAGGCCAGUAAGAAGGCAUGGGUGUCUGUGACCAGCAACUGCCACUCAUUGACAUUUAAGGUGGAAGACUUGCAGGAGGGAGCCAUGUAUUACUUCAGAGUUAUUGGAGAAAACGAGUAUGGAGUGGGUGUCCCUCAGGAGGCCAAGGCUGGAACAAAGAUUACAGAGGUACCAAGUGUUCCCACGAAACUUGGAGUUGCAAAUGUUACAAAAGACAGCGUUACGAUUGCCUGGACAAGACCAGAAUAUGAUGGCGGUAGCAGAGUCACUGGUUACCUUAUUGAUGCCCUGGAGAAGGGACAGACCAAGUGGGUGAAAUGUGCCACUGUGAGGACCAUGACCCACACCAUCAAGAACCUGAGGGAGUGUGCAGAAUACUUCUUUAGAGUCCGUGCCGAGAACCAUGCUGGACUCAGUGAACCAAAGGAGAUGAUCGUACCCGUUAUCGUCAAGGAAAUACACGAGGCUCCUGAAUUUGACCUGAAGAACUACCCCAAGAAUACAGUUUAUGUGAGAGCAGGAUCAAACCUGACCUUUGAGAUUCCUCUCACCGCCAGGCCAAUGCCUAAGGUGACUAUGUCCAAGAACAAUGUUGUCAUCAAGGGAUCCAAGAGGCUGCUAACUGAAGUAACUCCAGACAGUUUAUUCAUCACCCUAAAUGAAAGCAUUGCAAGUGACGCUGGCAAAUACGAAGUCACUGCCUCAAAUGUGGGAGGUACCACCAAGAUCUCCCUUAUCUUCAUUGUGCUGGACAGACCCGGACCUCCUAUUGGUCCAGUCGAGGUCGGUGAGGUUGGAGAAACCACAGUAUGUCUGAAAUGGGCGGUUCCAGAGUAUGACGGUGGCAGUCCUGUUACCAACUACAUUGUUCUGAAACGUGAAACCAGCACUCCUAACUGGGCAGAGGUGUCAACUAGCAUUGCCAGAAGCUCAAUCAAGGUGACUAAGCUUACCAAAGGAGAGGAGUACCAGUUCAGGAUCAAGGCUGAGAACCGCUUCGGUGUCAGUAGCCAUAUUGACAGCAAGCCCGUCAUGAUAAAGCUUCCAUACACCAUCCCUGGGCCUCCAUCCACACCAUGGCUCGGCUAUGUAUCCAGAGAGAGCCUCACAGUCUGCUGGAAUGAGCCAGUCAAUGAUGGUGGAAACACUGUGAUUGGAUAUCAUCUCCAGAUGAAGGAGAGGAGCAGCAUCCUCUGGCAGAAGGUCAACAAGACUGCGAUCUCAGGAAACCAGUGGCGAGUCACAAACAUCUGCCCUGGCCUCAUCUAUGAAUUCAAGGUGGCAGCUGAAAACGCCGCCGGUAUUGGAAAGUUGAGCAAGACCUCUGAAGAGGUGCUUGCUAUUGAUGCCUGCGAGCCCCCAGCAAAUGUCCAUAUCACAGAAGUCACCAAGAACUCCGUCAGACUGGCCUGGCAGAGGCCUCCCUACGAUGGUGGCAGCAAGAUUACCGGCUACAGUGUGGAGAGGAGAGAAGCUCCCAGUGGCAGAUGGGUGAAGGCCAACUUCACAAACAUCAUUGAGCUGGGCUUCACUGUUUCUGGACUGAACCAGGAUGAGUCUUAUGAGUUCAGAGUAUACGCCAAGAAUGCAGUUGGGUCCGUCAGCAACCCAUCUCUCAUUGCUGGCCCAGUCACUUGUGUUGAUGCAUCUGGUGCCCCUGCUAUUGACCUUCCUCCAGAGUAUCUGGAUGUGGUUCAGUUCAAGGCUGGAGCUUCAGUUAAGCUCAGAGUCGGGAUCAUCGCCAAGCCUCUGCCAACCAUUGAGUGGCUCAAGGACGGAAAGGAGCUGUUAGCAACUUCUAACCUUUCUAUUGAAAGCACGACCGACUCUUCUGCUGUUCUGAUAAAGGAUGCAGCCCGCUUUGACACAGGCUCAUAUGAUAUCAAGAUCAAGAAUGUUCUGGGCUCAGCAUCUGCAACCAUCAGGAUUGAAAUCCUAGACAAACCUGGACCACCAGCCGGCAGCAUAAUGUUCAACUCCAUCACAGCAGACAGGAUAACCUUCAGCUGGCAGCCUGUGCCUGAGUCUGACCAGGGAGGUUUCAAGGUCACCCACUACAUUGUUGAGAGGCGUGAAACCAGCCGAGUGGUCUGGUCGACAAUUUCCGACCAACACGAGCAGACGUACGUCACCGUCAACAAGCUAUUGCGUGGAAAUGAGUAUGUCUUCCGCGUAAUGGCCGUUAAUAAAUACGGAGUUGGAGAGCCACUGGUGUCGGAGCCAGUCAUUGCUAAGAACGCCUUUGUAACUCCUGGGCAGCCUCAUACUCCUGAGGUGAAUACCAUCACCAAGACUACCAUGGUGGUAGAAUGGGACAAACCAGGUGUAGACGGAGGUAGCGCUGUGACGGGCUACUACCUGGAGAGACGCGACAAGAAGAGCUUGCGCUGGAUCAGAGUUUACAAAGACCCUGUAACUGGCGUCAAACAGACCGUCUACCACCUCACGGAAGGAAACGAGUACCAAUAUCGCAUCUGUGCCAUUAACAAAGCCGGAGAAGGACCGUUCUCUGAUACGUCAGACUACUACAAGGCUGCUGACCCAGUUGAUCCACCAGAUGAGCCUUGCAAGCUGAAGGUGGUGGACUCCACCAAGACAUCCAUCACCUUGGGCUGGUCCAAGCCAGAAUGGGAUGGAGGCAGUGAGGUCACCAGCUACAUGGUGGAGAAGCUAGUUGAGGGAGAGGAAGAAUGGGCUAUGAUUACCUCCAGGGGAGAGGUCAAGACAACAGAAUACACAGUUCAUGACUUAAAACCAGAUGUCAACUACUUCUUCAGAGUAUUUGCUGUCAACUGUGCUGGCCAUGGAGAGCCUCUGGAGAUGACUGAGCCUGUGCAAGCUAAGGAUAUCUUGGAGGAGGCCAAGAUCGAUUCAGAUGUGGCCAUGAGAACUCAUUAUAUUGUGAAAGCUGGCAAGGAUGUGGAGCUGUCUGUUCCUCUGAAGGGUAGACCUGCUCCCACUGCUUCCUGGAGUAAGGGAGAAGAAUGCAUCGAUCGUGACCCCAAAUAUGAGUUCCACCACUCAGACACUACCACAGUUCUUGUGAUACGUGAGGUGACCAGGCUUGACACCGGAAAGUACACAGUGAAGAUAGAGAACGGUGUCGGAAAGCCAAAGUCACUUUCCCUGUCCGUGAAGGUCCAGGAUACUCCAGCUCAGUGCAGGAACUUGGUCAUGAAGGACGUGACCCGUGGAAAGGUCACUCUCUGCUGGGAGCCUCCACUCCUCGACGGCGGUGCUGAGAUCACAAACUACAUUGUUGAGAAGAGGGAUUCCUCCAAGAGAUCCUUCUCUGCAGUGACAAGCAAAUGCACAGACACAACAUACUUCAUUGAAGAUCUCUCAGAGAAGACAUCUUUCUUCUUCCGUGUGUUAGCAGAGAAUGAGAACGGUGUUGGUGAUCCAUGUGAAACACAUGAGCCUGUGAAGGCCACAGAGACUCCAGGACCAGUCAAGGAGGUUUCAAUGAAGGAUUCAUCAAAGACCUCUGUCACUCUGCAGUGGCUAAAGCCAGAUUACGAUGGCGGCAGCAUCAUCUCAGACUACGUCAUUGAGCAGAAGCUCAAGGACCAGGAAUGGUCAUUAGGAGGAACCAGCAGACAGUGUGAGUUUGAAGUCAAGAAACUCAAGGAGCACUCAGACGUGUUCUUCAGAGUUGCUGCCAGGAAUGAGAAGGGACAGGGUGACUUUGUUGAGAUUGGGCCUAUCAAGGUUAUUGACUACCUUAUCACACCUGAGGCAAACCUCGCAGAGUACCCAGGUAGCCGUAUCAGUGUUCGUCUGGGACACAAUGUGCACAUCGAGCUGCCAUACGUAGGUAAACCCAAACCUUCUAUCCUGUGGCUGAAGGACAACCUGCCUCUGAAGGAGAGUGACUUGAUCCGCUUCAAGAAGACAGAAAACAAAGCCACUCUGAUGAUUAAGAAUGUAACCAAGGAGAAUGAGGGUAAAUACACUCUGACUCUUGACAAUAAAGUCAGCAGGAAAUCCUUCCAUAUCCACGUCAUCACACUUGGACCUCCAUCAAAGCCUGUUGGACCCAUCCGCCUGGAUGAAGUGAGAGCUGAAAGCAUCAUGAUCUCCUGGGAUGAACCCAAUGACGACGGUGGUGGAGACAUCACCUGCUACGCUGUAGAGAAGCGUGACGCCUCCCAGUCUGACUGGAAGAUGGCCUGCUCUAGUGUAGUUGAUACUCAGUUCAAGGUCCCCAACCUGAUCAAGGGCACCCAGUACCAGUUCAGAGUGCGUGCUGAGAACAGAUACGGUGUCAGCGAGCCUCUUAUCUCACAGAUGGUCAUUGCAAAGCACCAGUUCAGGCCUCCAGGCCCACCAGGCAAGCCUGUUGUAUACAAUGUCACUAACGAUGGCAUGACCAUCCAGUGGGAGCAGCCCAUCUAUGACGGCGGUACCCCCAUCCAGGGCUUCCAUGUGGAGAAGAGGGAAAAGAACAGCAUCAUGUGGCAAAAGGUGAACACUAUGCUGAUCAAAGAAACGGAUUACAGAAUCUUGGAGCUCAUUGAAGGUCUUGAGUACUCCUUCAGAGUAUACGCCCAGAAUGAUGCUGGCUUCAGCCGAAUGAGUGAUGAGAGCAAGCCAAUCAUGGCUGUCAGUCCUGUUGAUCCUCCUGGUCAGCCCGACUACACUGAUGUGACAAGUGACUCAGUGACACUGAAAUGGGAUGCCCCCAAACGUGAUGGUGGUAGCAAGAUUACCAGCUACAGCAUUGAGAAACGCCAAGGCCAUGGCCGCUGGUUCAAGGCCAACUUGACUGAUGUACAUGACUGCCAGUACGCCGUUCCUGGGUUGGCAACAAAUGAACGUUACGAGUUCAGAGUGACUGCCAGAAAUGCAAUCGGUGUCGUCAGUCCUCCCUCCAACUCCUCUGGAAUGAUUGUGGUCAGAACCACUCCAAACAUUGAGUUUGGCCCUGAGUACUUUGAGGGUUUGAUGGUCAAGGCAGGAGACAACAUCAGGCUGAAGGUGACCAUCACUGGACGCCCUGUUCCCAAGGUCGUCUGGUUCAGAGAUGGUGUGGAGGUUACAAAAAAGAUGAUGGACAUCAUCAAUGUAGCUGGAUCCAGCACCCUGUUUGUCAGGGACGCUGAUCGUACACACCGUGGCCACUACACUGUGGAGGCUACUAACGGAUCUGGAAGCAGGAAGGAGGGCAUCCUUGUUCAAGUCCAAGACACACCUGGGGAGCCGGUAGGACCCAUCACUUUCAGCAACAUCUCAGAGGGUAAAUGCACUCUGAAUUGGAACCAACCGGAGAACGACGGCUGCUCAGAGAUCACACAUUACAUCAUUGAGAAGCGUGAGACUGCAAAGAUCUCCUGGUCUUUGGUGUCUGACGAAUGUACAGAGUGCACUUUCAAUGUAACCAAGCUCAUCAAGACCAAUGAGUACCAGUUCAGGGCCUCUGCUGUUAACAAGUUUGGAGUUGGCAGACCUUUGGAGUCCAGCCCCAUCUUCCCACAGAUGCAAUACACUACUCCUGAUGCUCCUGGCACUCCUGAUGCUACUGAGAUGACAGGAGAGAGCAUCACCCUGUCCUGGACUCCUCCAACAUCUGAUGGAGGAAACCCCAUUCAGUAUUACCUCCUGGAGAAACGGGAAAAGAAGACUGUCCGGUUCUACAAGGUGACAACCAAGAAGCCCAUCGUUGAAUGUGCUCACAAGGUGCUCCACCUGACAGAGGAUAUGGAAUACGAGUUCCGUGUCAUGGCCAUGAAUGACGCUGGUGUUGGAGCUCCUAGCAACAUCUCUUUACCUAUUAAGGCUGCCGAGCCAAAGGAUAUUCCUUGUGCUCCAUCUGUGGUCUGUGUGUCCGACUCCACCAACACCUCCAUCAGCCUGGAAUGGUCCAGGCCUGCUGACGACGGAGGCAUGGAGAUCCUGGGCUACAUCAUUGAAAUGGUGAAGGGAGAAGAGACCGAAUGGAAGAGAGUAAAUGAGGAGCUGGUGGCAGACACAAGUUACACUGUGACUGGUCUACAGACAGGAGCUGAGUACAAGUUCCAUGUUGCAGCUACCAACCAUGUGGGUAGAGGUGAGGACAAGGAGAUCCCAGAGCCUGCUCAGGCUGUAGACAGGCUAACACCACCACAGGUCGAUAUUGACGCCACCUUCAAGCAGACACACAUUGUCAAGCCUGGAGGCUCAGUGUGCUUGGGCAUCAACUUCAGAGGAAAGCCUAUUCCCAAGGCCACAUGGGUGAAGGAAGAGGGCGAGCUGGGUGUCAUGUCAGAGGUCAAAACUACAGACUGCUACAGUUCUUUGAGCAUUGAAAACUGCUCAAGAAAUGAUACGGGCAAAUACACUGUUAACCUGGAGAACGCUAGUGGCAGCAAGGCCAUUACCUUCACUGUAAAAGUUAUGGACACUCCUGGACCUCCUCAAGCUGUUGCCUUAAAGGAGGUGUCCAGAGGCUCGGUCACACUUAUCUGGGAGCCUCCUCUCAAUGACGGUGGAGCCCGAAUCCAUCACUAUAUUGUUGAGAGGCGCGAGGCUAGCCGCCGCACAUGGCAGCAGUCUGGUGGCAAAUGCACACGGCAUAUCCUGAAGAUCCAGGACCUGCUUGAAGGAGUGCCAUACUUCUUCAGGGUCUCAGCUGAGAACCAGCACGGUGUGGGUGAGGCGUUUGAGCUCACUGAGCCUGUCAUUGCCACCGCAGAGCCGGCAUCUCCAAAGAGAAUGGACAUCCUGGACACCACAGACAGCUCUGUGUUCCUGGGCUGGCUGAAACCAGAGCAUGAUGGCGGUAGCCGCAUCCAGUGUUACGUCAUUGAGGCUAAGCCAAAGGGUACGGAUAAAUGGGUAGUGGUUGGCAACACCAAUAAUCUCACCUAUCUGGUUGAAAAGCUCAACAAGGGUGAAGAGUAUGACUUCCGUGUGAAGGCCAAGAAUGAAUCUGGUUACAGCACACCCAGAGAAACUCUGGCUCCGGCGCUUGUCAAAGAGCCUCACAUUGAACCUGCUGCUGACCUCAGUGAGAUUACCAACCAGCUCAUCACAUGUAAUUCUGGCAGAACCUUCAUCAUUGAUGUUCCCAUCAGUGGAAGACCUGCCCCUAAGGUCACCUGGAAGCUGGAAGAGAUGAGGCUGAAGAACUCAGACCGAGUCUCCAUUAAAACAACUAAGGACAGAACCAGCAUCUCAGUCAAGGAGACCAUGAGAGGAGAUGGUGGUAAAUACUACCUGACUCUGGAGAAUGUGGCAGGAACCAGGACCUUCACUAUUGAAGUUAAUGUCACAGGUAGACCCAGUCCUCCAACUGGACCCAUCGAAAUCUCAUCCAUCACCUCUGAGUCCUGCGUCAUUAACUGGCAACCACCAGAGGAUGAUGGCGGCACUGGAAUCACCAACUACAUCGUGGAGAAGCGUGAGUCUGGCUCCACCGCCUGGCAGCUGAUAAACUCCAGCGUUAAGCGCACAUCUCUGGAUGUCAGUCACUUGACCAAGUACAUGCAGUACACAUUCAGGGUCUCUGCCGAGAAUAGAUUUGGUGUCAGCAAGUACACUGAGUCUGAGACUAUUGUUGCAGAGCAUCCUUUCACACCCCCUGGCCCUCCAACAAGGCCUUCAGUCUUCAAUGUCACUUCUAACACAAUGACCCUAAAAUGGGAGGAGCCCUACCAUGAUGGUGGAAGCAAGGUGACAGGCUACUGGAUCGAGAAGAAGGAGAGGAACAAUAUCCUGUGGGUGAGGGAGAACAAGAUCCCUUGCUUUGACUGCUACUGCAAGAUGGAAGGCCUGGUUGAAGGCCUAGAGUACCAGUUCAGGGUUUAUGCCAUGAACAGUGCUGGGCUGAGCAAAGCCAGCGAGGCCUCUAAGGGAGCAGUUGCUCAAAACCCAGUUGAUUCACCAAGUAAGCCAGAAGUCACAAAUGUUACAAGAACCACCGUGUCCCUCAAAUGGUCGGCUCCACUGAAUGAUGGUGGUAGUCCGAUUGUGGGCUACAUCAUUGAGCGUAAGCCAUACACUUUGACCGGUGAAGGCCGCUGGCUCAAGUGUAACUACACCAACGUGACGGACACCUUCUACACUGUUACUGCCCUGGGAGAAGGAGAGCCCUAUGAGUUCAGAGUCAUCGCCAAGAAUGCCAACCAGGUCUUCAGCAUCCCCUCAGAGUCCACUGGCUCUGUGCAGUGCAAGACUGACUUCGAGCCUCCAAAGGCCCAGCUGGACAGCAAACUCCUGUCCGAAACCGUCAUGGUCAGAGCCGGUUCAGACCUGGUUCUGGACGCUGCAGUGGGAGGCAGGCCUGACCCCAAGGCUUCCUGGUCAAAGGGCAGCAGGGAUCUGGAGUUGUGUGAAAAGUACCACCUUCAGUACACCUCCACCAAGGCCAUGGCCAUCAUUAAGUUCUGUGACAGAGAUGACACUGGAAAGUACAUCCUCACGGUCAGGAACGUUAGCGGAACCAAGACUGCUGAGGUCAACGUCAAAGUGCUUGACACCCCUGGAGUAUGUGAAGGCUGCAUUGAGAUCAGCAAGAUCACAGAGGAGUCGUGCACACUGAGCUGGAAACCUCCUCUUGAGGAUGGCGGUGAUGAGAUCACCCACUUUAUCGUGGAGAGGCGAGACACCAACAGACUCAACUGGGUCAUCAUGCAUGCCGAGUGCAAAGAGCUGACCUGCAACAUCAAAGGACUGUUCAAGAACACAGAGUACCUGUUCAGAAUCCGGGGAGUCAACAAAUACGGAGCUGGAGUCCACUUGCAGUCCGAGCCCAUGGUUGCCAGAAACACUUUCACCGUGCCAACUCCUCCUGGUACUCCAGAGAUCCUGGUGUCAGGAAAGGACUUUGCCACCAUUGAGUGGCUGAAGCCAGAGAGUGAUGGCGGCAGCCCGCUGAUCCACUACCUGGUGGAGAGGCGCGAGAGAAAGAGUGCCCGCUGGGUGAAGGUGAACAGAGAUGGCGCUUACCUGGACACCAUGCUGAAGGUGUCCGGUUUGACUGAAGGCAACAUUUACCAGUUCAGAGUGACGGCCAUCAAUAAGGCCGGAGACAGCGAACCCAGCGAGGUCUCUCUGUAUGUCGUCUGCAGAGUGCCAACAUGCACUCCUUCUCCUCCUUCUAUCCCUCGUAUCACCGACACUCACGCCGACAGCAUCAGCCUGGCCUGGUCCCGCCCCGUGGAGGACGGAGGAGCUGAUGUGAUGGGCUACAUCCUGGAGAUGCAAGAAGCCGGAGCAGAGGAGUGGAAGAAGGCCCACGAAAAGACUUUACGUGCCGCAGAGUACGUGGUGACUGGACUUUCAGCAGGCAAGAAAUACUGCUUCAGAGUGGCUGGCAUCAACAUCAACGGUACUGGAGACUUCAGUGAACCAAGUGCUGAGACUGAGCCAGUGGAGAGAAUUGAAACUCCUGACUUUGAGCUCCACGAUGACCUGAAGAAGACCAUCUGUCUGCGCGCGGGUGGAUCCCUCCGCCUGUUCGUAAGCGUGACUGGUCGUCCCACUCCCGCCAUCACCUGGAGCAAACCUGGUGUUGACCUACACAACAGAGGUUUCAUUGAUGUCAACAGCACAUCCACUACACUCAUCAUUGAUAGGGUCCACCGCUACGACGCCGGCAAGUACACACUGGUAGCCGAGAAUUCUGCUGGGAAACAGGAAGUCAACAUUCUGGUCAAGGUCUAUGAUACUCCUGGACCAACUGGAGCACUCAAGAUCAAGGAGCUGACCAAGGAGUCUACAACCAUAUCUUGGGAAGCCCCAACUGUGGAUGGCGGUGCUCCUGUCAACAACUACAUCAUUGAGAGGCGUGAGGCCUCCAUGAGAGCCUACAAGACCGUCACCUCCAAGUGCAGUAAGACCUCUUACAAGAUCGACGGCCUCAUGGAGGGUAUGCUGUAUUACUUCCGGGUCCUCCCUGAAAACAUCUAUGGUAUUGGUGAGCCCUGCGAGACUCCCGACGUCAUCCUGGUUUGCGAGGUGCCUCUGCCGCCACACAAGCUGGAGAUGAUCGACGUCACCAAGAGUACCGUCACCCUGGGCUGGGAGAAGCCUGAGCACGAUGGUGGCAGCAGACUGACAGGCUACGUCAUCGAAGCCUGCAAGUUUGGCACUGACAAGUGGAUGAAGGUGGCCACGCUGAAGACCACUGACUUUGAGCACACCAUAGAGAAGCUGAACGAGAGCGAGCAGUACUUGUUUAGAAUCAGAGCAAUCAACAGCAGAGGAGUCAGUGAGCCCAAAGAGCUUGUUACUGCCAUCACCGUACAGGAACAGAGAGUAAUGCCCGUGGUGGACUUCUCCAGUAUUCCUCAGAAGGUCGUCAAUGUCCUGGCCGGCAAGACUCUGGAGUUGGACCUGCCCCUCAUUGGCAGGCCUCCUCCCAUCUGCUCCUGGUACUUCAGAGAUAACAAGAUGAAAAUCACAGACCGUGUCAAGAUCAAGAGCACUGGCAAGUUCUCCAAACUGACUGUGUCUGACACCAACAUCGACGACUCUGGUGACUACUCCCUGGAGGUGAAGAAUGCUGUCGGUGUCAUCACCGAGGUCAUCAAGGUCAUCAUCCUCUCUAAACCUGAUGAACCAAAGGGAACCAUCAGGUUAGAUGAGAUUGAUGCCACCAGCGUCAGCUGCAGCUGGGAUCCUCCAGCCAGAGAUGGCGGAGCUCCAAUCAGCGGCUACGUGGUGGAGCAGCGUGAUGCUCAUAGACCCGGCUGGGUGCCUGUCUGCGAAUCUGUUAGUCGGCCAACCUUCAAGUUUGUGAACCUGAUUGAGGGAAAUGAGUAUGUCUUCCGUGCAGCUGCCAUUAAUCGCUACGGCACUGGAGAAUUCCUUCAAUCUGAGAUCGUCAUCUGCAAGAGCUUGAAGAAUGUGCCUGGACCUCCUGGCCGUCCAACCGUCUUUGAUGUUUCUCGUGAUGGCAUGACCGUGGCCUGGAACCCGCCAGAAGAAGACGGCGGCCUUGAGGUUUCUGGAUACAUCAUCGAGCGCAAAGAAGUCAGGUCUGACAGAUGGGUGCGUGCCAACAAGAAUCCCAUCACCAUGACCAGAUACAGGUCGACAGAUCUUAUUGAGGGCCUGGAGUAUGAACACAGAAUCACUGCCAUCAAUGCCAGAGGGCUUAGCAAACCAAGUCUGCUAUCCAAACCAGCAGUGGCAACAGAUCCCAUCGAUCCACCUGGCUGUCCUCAGAACCCGAGGAUCACCGAUACCACCAAAUCCUCCGUGUCGCUGGCUUGGAGUCCUCCCGAUGAUGAGGGAGAUGCAAGGGUGGAUGGUUACCUGAUCGAGAUGCAGAAGGUGGGCACCAUGCCUUGGAUCAAGUGCAACACCACACCAUCUUUAAUCUGCGAGUACACACUGACCCAGAUGCCACAAGGAGAAGAGUUCAAAUUCCGUGUGAUGGCCUGCAAUGCCGGCGGCUCGGGAGAGCCUGCUGAAGUGCCUGGAACUGUGUCUGUGACUGAGAUGCUUGAACCUCCUGACUAUGACCUUGAGCUGAAAUACAAAACAGUGUACGUGGUACGCCAUGGAGGUGUGGUUAGACUCUCUCUGCCCAUCAAGGGCAAACCUCAUCCAACCUGCAAGUGGUCCAAGGACAGCGGUGCAGUCUCCACCAAGGCCAUGAUUGUCUCCACGGAGGACGCCAGUGAGCUAGUGAUCAAGGGAGCCGAAAGGAGUGACUCUGGAGUGUACGACCUCCUGCUGGAGAAUAGGGUUGGCAGGAAGAAGGCCCAAAUUAAGGUGAAGGUCAUCGGCCGCCCAAGUGCUCCGGAGGGACCAAUGGUCUUUGAAGAGAUUCAGGCCAACUCUGUCAAGGUGUCCUGGAAGACGGCCACAGACGACGGUGGCUCAGAGAUCCUGGGUUACAUCGUAGAAAGACGCGAGGCAGCCAGAAAUGCCUGGUACACUGUGGACUCUAGAGUGACCGACACUCAGCUGGUUGUCAAGGGCCUGAAGGAGGGAACAGAGUACCACUUCAAGGUCACGGCUGAAAACUCCUUCGGUAUCAGCUCCUCUCUUAAGUCGGAGCUGCCCCUGGUACCCAAUACUCCUAUCUGUGCCCCUGAGCCUUCAAGCACCCCACCAGAAAUCAUGGAUGUCACCAAGAGCUCUGUGGCAUUGGCCUGGUCCAGACCAAAGGAUGAUGGUGGUUCUACCAUCACUGGCUACUUUAUUGAGUACAAGCUGGUGUCUGCUGAAACGUGGUCCCGACACCAGACCAAGAUCACCUCCACCAUGUUCACUCUGCCAGGACUCACUCCUGAUGCAGACUACCAGUUCCGCAUUGUUGCUGUCAACGACAUCGGCGAGAGCAAGGCUGGUCCUGUGUCUGAGCCAGUCACAUGCAAGGAUCCAUUUGACAAGCCAAGUCAACCGGGCGAGAUCGACACAGUGAACGUUACAAAGAAUUUCAUCACUAUCCGCUGGCAAGCUCCAGAGUGCGAUGGUGGAAAGGAGGUCUUGGGCUACUGGGUGGAGUACAGGAAGUCCAUUGAGAGCACCUGGAAGAAGUCCAACAAGCAGAGACUGAAGGAAAAGGAGUUUACCAUGCCUGGACUUGCUGAGGCAACAGAGUAUGAGUUCAGAGUGUUUGCUGAGAACGAGAGGGGAAUGAGUAGACCUCGUAGAACUGCCACAUGCAUCAAGACCAAACUGAGUGUUGAAACUAAACCAGGCCUGAGAAAGGAAAUGGAUGAAGUAACUGCAAAGCUUGGCCAGCCUGCUAUCAUGAAGUGCCAGAUUAUUGGCAGACCUGUCCCUGAUCUCAAGUGGUACCAUGCCGGCAAGGAGAUUGUUGAGUCUCGCAAGUACGAGAUGAGCUCUGACGGCCGCAACCACUCGCUGUCUAUUAUGACGGAUCAGCAGGAGGACGAGGGAGAGUACACCUGCAAGGGCAUCAACGAUGCCGGAGAAGCCGAGACCACAGGCGUUCUGGUGUUGGAGGCUGCUGCAUCCUUCCACCCUGAUUACCCGCUGAAGGGAACCUAUUAUGCUGGUCUGGGAUCCACUCUGCGCAUCCAUGCCGUCUACAUUGGCCGUCCUGAGCCAAAGAUCAUGUGGCUGCAUGGUCCAAAGACCCUGGAGAACACAGAGGACAUCAGCAUUGAGACCACUGAGCACUACACACAUCUGGUGAUCAAGAACGUGCAGCGAAGAAUUCAUGGAGGCAAAUACAGGAUCAGACUGCACAACCACUUUGGCAGGGCUGACACCGCAUUCAAUGUCGAGAUUUACGACAAACCCGACAUGCCUCAGGGUCCAAUUGUGCUGGAUGCUCUCCUAAAGAACUCCGUCAUCAUCAGCUGGAAGGCUCCCCAUGACGACGGAGGCUGCAUGAUUACCAACUACAUUGUGGAGAAACGUGAGGACAAGGAGGGCAGCGAGUGGGAACUGGUGUCUUCAUCCAUCAAUGGCAUAUCCUGCCGUGUGCCAAACCUCAUUGAGAGCGCCGGAUACUUCUUCCGUGUUUACGCUCAGAAUCGCUAUGGUAACAGUGAGCCACUAGAACUCACAUCCCCUAUCCUUAUCAAGAGCCAACUGGAGAAACCAUCACCACCUCUGUCGCCAGUCGUUUCUGGAGUCACCAAGGACUCCUGCGUUGUUUCCUGGAAGCCUCCACUCAGCGAUGGCGGCUCCAAGAUCAAGAGCUAUUGCCUUGAGAAGAAGCACAAGAAGGACAAGAAGGAAUGGAGCGAAUGGACUGCGGUGACUACGGACGAGAUCAAACAGACGGUGUUCUCCGUCAAGCGUCUGACCGAGGGCGUCGAGUGCAUCUUCCGUGUGAAGUGCGAGAACCUGGGGGGACAGAGUGACUAUAGCGAGGAGACGUCACCCAUUGUUCCAGCCACAGCCGUUGAGGUUCGUGCUCCUGCUUUCAAGGAAGAGCUGAGGAACAUGAGCGUCAAGUACAAGAGCAAUGCUACUCUUGUCUGCAAGAUCACAGGGCAGCCCAAGCCUGUGAUUAAAUGGUUCAGACGAGGAAAGGAGAUCCACUCUGAUGGCAAAAAGAUCAAGAUACAGGAAUUCAAGGGAGGUUACCAUCAGCUGGUUAUCAGCGAGGCUGAUGAGGAAGACUCCACUGUGUACCAGAUCAGAGCCACCAAUCAGGGAGGCUCCAUCUGUGCUACAGUCUCUCUGGAUGUGGAAAUCCCUGCCAAGAUUAAUCUUCCAAAGAACCUGAAGGAUAAGGAAGCCAUCCCUGCCCUGCGUGGUGAGGUGGUCAACAUCAAGAUUCCUUUCUGUGGAAAACCAGAUCCUGUCAUCACAUGGCAGAAGGGACAAGAUCUCAUUGACAGCAAUGGCCACUACCAGGUCAUCGUCACAAGAUCAUUUACUUCUUUGGUGUUCACCAACGGAGUCGAGAAGAAGGAUGCUGGUUUCUACAUUGUCUGUGCCAAGAACAGAUUUGGCAUUGACCAGCAGACCGUUGAGCUGGAUGUAGCUGACGUUCCUGAUCCUCCACGUGGUGUCCAAGCCAGUGACGUCUCCAGAGACUCAGUCACACUGAACUGGGUGGCCCCAGCAAAUGAUGGAGGCAGCAGGGUUAUUAGCUACAUCAUUGAGAAGUGCCCCACCACUGCUGAGAGGUGGGAGCGUGUUGCCCAGUCCCGUGACACCCACUACACCGUUACCAAUCUUUUUGGAGGUACCAGCUAUCAGUUCAGAAUCAUCGCUGAGAACAAAUUUGGACAGAGUGCUCCAUCUGAGACCAGUGGACCUGUCAUGACCAAGGAGGACAAAUCAAGAGUUCUGCUCUAUGACAGGGAGGUUGAGGAUACUGAACGUGUCCCCAAGGGCAAGACUCACUCUGAAGCUAAAAACAUGCACAACAAAUAUGCCAUUGCAGAGGAAUUGGGCAGAGGUCAGUUUGGCAUUGUCCACCGCUGUGUACACAUCAGCUCUGAGAAGACCUACAUGGCUAAAUUCUUCAAGGUGAGAGGCGCUGAUCAAGCAAUUGUCAAGAAGGAAAUUGCAACAUUGAAUCUGGCAAAACAUACCAACUACCUCCUCCUCCACGAGUCUUUCGAAAGCCCUGAGGAGCUGGUGAUGAUCUAUGACUUUAUCUCUGGCGUUGACAUUUUUGAGCGCCUCCACACAGCUGAGUUUGAGCUCAAUGAGCGGGAGAUCGUCAUGUACAUCAGGCAGAUCUGCUCAGCUCUCGAGUUCCUGCACGCUGAGAGCUAUGGACACUUUGAUAUCAGACCAGAGAACAUUGUGUACACAACUAGAACCAGCUCUAAUGUGAAGAUUAUUGAGUUGGGCCAGUCCAGACACCUGACCCCUGGGGACCAAAUCAAGAUCCAGUAUACCACUGCAGAGUACGCUGCCCCUGAGAUCCACCAGUGUGACAUGGUUAGCACUGUCACUGACAUGUGGUCGGUUGGUGUCCUUGCCUACGUGCUCAUCAGUGGACUGAAUCCAUUCACAGCUGAAACCAACCAACAGAUGAUUGACAACAUCUCAAAUGCAGCUUACAGCUACGAUGACGAGACCUUCAAGCAGGUCAGUGUCGAGGCAUUAGACUUUACCGACCGCUUAAUGACUAAGGAUCGUAAGCAUCGUAUGACUGCUGCUGAGGCUCUGGCACAUCCAUGGCUGACCAGGCCUACAGAGGAGAUCGGCACCCGAGCGAUCCAAACAGGAAGGCACAAGAGAUACUACCAGACAAUGGUGAAGAAAGAGUGGAAAACGGUUGUCUCUGCAGCUCGUGUGGCCAGCGGGGGCUCCAUCAGGACCCAGCGUGGUGUCUUUGUCUCCAAGGUGAAGAUUGCUCCGUUUGAACACGGUCCUGUUGGAGGCCAGAUCGGCCAUGCAGUGGUGAACGAGGGAGACAGUGUGAAAUUCAUCUGCAACAUUGACAACUAUGAUAGCACUACUGAAGUGACAUGGUACUGUGGCGUCAGGCAACUUGAAGCUGGUGACAAAUAUGAAAUUGAGUAUGAGGAUGGCCUGGCUGUGAUCACCAUCAAAAAGGUCACAAGAGCAGAUGAUGGCACUUACAGAUGCAAGAUUGUGAAUGAGUAUGGUGAGGACAGUGCCUACGCAGAGCUGUUCAUCACUGGUGUUAGAUCUUACCGGGACUUCUUCACCACCCGUGUGGUCAAGAGAACAAAGCGCAGAGUCGACACUGCAAGAAUGCUUCAGAAGCCACCGGAGUUCACCCUUCCUCUGGUCAACCGUACGGCCUACAUUGGUGAGGAUGUGCGCUUUAGUGUAACCAUCACUGUUCACCCUGAGCCUCGUGUCAUCUGGCACAAAUCUGGACAGAAGCUCAUCCCUGGACAAGAUGACAAGAAAUACACCUUCAUCAGCGACACGGGUCUGUACCAGAUGAUUAUCCACAAACUUGAGAAUGAAGAUGAUGCAGAGUACAGUGUUGUGGCCCGUAACAGGUAUGGGGAUGACAGCUGCAAGGCUCGCCUUACCGUUGUUCCUCGACCUAAACCAGCAGACCUCACCCUGAGGCCCAUGUUCAAACGCCUGCUCGCAAAUGUUGAGUGCAGGGAGGGCCAGAAUGUGCGCUUUGAGAUCAGAGUAUCCGGCCGUCCCAUACUGAAGUGGGAGAAGGACGGCAUGCCUUUAGCCUUUGGACCAUCUAUUGAGGUUGUACAUGAGGGUCUGGAUUACUACAUCCUUCAUGUGAAAGACACUCUCCCUGAGGACUCCGGUGUGUACAGAGUUACUGCUACCAACUCUGCUGGAUCUGCCAGUUGCCAGGCUUUCCUCAAAGUAGAACGUGUCGCUCAUGUAAAGAAGGAAUAUGAGCCCAGUGAAAAGGAGAAGAAAAUAUUGGCUGGAAAGGAGGAAUUGGACAAAAAGGUCAGACUGUCCCAGAUUUUGGCUGACACUGUCUUUAUACCUCUACCACCCGCAGCAGUACAAGCUGUUAGGGAGGCAGCCACUAUGUUCAAACCGGCUGUGACGACUAAGAAGGGUGAGAAGACCGAGGCUGAGAUACAGAAAGAAAAAGAGGAGAGGAAGAAGCGGGCAGAUGAGAAGAGGCUGCGUAUGCCCUACGACGUCCCCCCUCCUCGUGUCUUUAACCCGGCUGUUCUUGAGGAGGACGUGGAAAUAAAACAUUUCCAGCCACUCUCUGACAUGAAAUGGUACAAGAAGCUGAGGGAUCAGUAUGAGUUCCCUGAGCCUAUGGAUAAAAUCAAACAGAAGAGGAUGAAGCGAAUCCGCCUCUCCAGGUGGGAUCAGUUCUAUGAGGUGCCCAUCAGGAUCAAGGACCAGUAUAAGCCUAAGUGGCGCAUCUCGUCCAUGACUCAGGAUGAUUUGGAGACUGUGAGGCCUGCAAGGCAUCGCACUCCUUCCCCAGAAAUGGAGGCCUACCACAGGAUCAGGAGGAGGUCUCUGGGUGACCUGUCAGAUGAGGAGCUACUGCUGCCUGUAAAUGAGUACCUGUCCAUGAAGAGAAUUGAGGAGGAGAGGCUUCGUCUGGAGGAAGAGCUGGAGCUCGGUUACUCUGCUUCUCCACCUAGCCUCAGCCCAGUUCGCUUUGAGCUUUCUGCCCUGCGUCCUUCAUCUCCAAGAAAAGUCUACAGUGAUGACGAAGAGGGAGAAGAAGUCCACAAAUAUGACUCCUACAGAAUUCCAUCUAAAUACGAGGCUGGCCCAAGUUUUGUUGACCUCCGCCAGCGUCAUGACAAAGCCACAUACAAACCUCCAAGACAGAAGCAGAGGGUGUAUGAAGAGAGGGAGGAUCAGGAGCUGCUGCGCCCACACACAACUGCUCAGAGAAUGUCCGCUUACAAGAGUGAACUCAAGCGCAUGGAGUUUGAGGAGAAGACUCGAACCUAUAAAAAGGAAUCGACUGUCACUGUUGCAACAGUCUCUGAGAGCAUUGAAUCUGAUUACCUGUCAUCUUUUACCUCCGAAUAUGUUCCUAAACCAAUCAAGAAGCUCCAAAUGCCUGAACCCAUGACGAGAUCUCCUACCCACGAAAAGGCUGUCAAGACUGAAAUUACCUUUCCUAAAGUUGACUUUGCUUCCAGGUAUGAGGAGAGAAAGCAGGCUCUGAGAUCAGAGAGAAGAUCCGUGGAGAGGACGUUUGAGGUGGUGACACAGGCUCCCUUCAGCCUUGACCACGCCCCUCGUAUUACCAUCAGGAUGCGAUCUCAUCGUGUACCCUAUGGGUCCAGCACAAAGUUCACCCUGAAUAUCCAGGCCAAACCAGAGCCUGAGGUCAAGUGGUUCCACAAUGGAAAAGAGAUUCAUCAAACUAGCAAAUACCACAUGACCAACAUCAGUGGGGUUCUGACUCUCAAGAUCACCAACUGUGUGACUGAAGAUGCCGGCACCUACCGUGUGGUCUGCAAGAACACCAAAGGAGAGACUACUGACUAUGCCACAUUGGAUGUAGCAGGAGAAGAAUAUGCUGCCUUCUCUUCAUUCCGCAAAGAUGAGGAGCCUCCAUCCUCCCAUCUGCCAGAAAUGACCAGAACAGAUGUCUAUCACGUCUCCUCCUCUAAAACAACAGUAAAGGAAAGUGUGACUGAAACUGUGAAAGAGUCCACCACUGUUGUUGAGAAGCCAAGGGAGAAGCCUGGUGUUCCUGCCAAGAUCCUGACCAAACCACAGUCCCUAACUGUGGAGGAGGGAGGCCUCGCCAGGUUUGAGUGUGAUGUGGAUGGCGAACCAGCGCCUUCUAUUGCCUGGCUGCACGAAGGAGAUGUUAUUGGUUCCUCUUUCCGUCACCACAUUGUCUCCACUCAGUACAACUCCUCCCUCGAGAUCUCAGCUGUUGAGACUUCGGAUGAAGGCAGCUACUCUCUGCUGGUGGAAAACGCUGGAGGCAAACAAGAGGCCCAUUUCAGUCUGACCAUUCGCAAGUCUGAGUCCAAGGAGAAAGUAGUCGCCCCUCCCAGAAUCACCUCCCCAGAGGCCAAGUCCCCUCUUGUCAGGUCCCCUGAACCGGUCAAAUCUCCUCAGAGAGUCAAGUCGCCUGAACCAAUCAAGUCACCUCAGAGAGUCAAGUCUCCGGUCUCACCAAAGUCCCCAACACCAAAGUCCCCAACACCAAAGUCCCCAACUCCAUCCCAGAAGGAAUUGGCGACUUCUCCAAUCAAGUCACCAAAGAGAGUGAUAUCACCCACUUUUGAAAAGAAGCCGUCCUUCUCUGUCGGGUUGAGCGACGUCACUGCAGCCUCCGACUCUAUCGUCAAGCUCUCAGUGAAGGUGACCGGAGAGCCCAAACCAACAAUCUCAUGGAUAAAGGAUGGACAGGCUCUGUCUCAGGGAGGGAAAUAUGAAAUCUUUGAGGAGUAUGGCUCAGCUUAUCUUGAGAUCUAUGACAUGGAGGUCUCUGAUAGCGGGCUUUACAAGUGCACUGCUACCAACAGUGCUGGACUAGUGUCAUCAACCUGCACAGUCACUGUACGAGGCUCCAAAAGCUGCAAAACAAAAGCUGAAAUGUCAGAGGAAGUCAUGAAACAGGAAGUGGUUCAUGAAGAGGUCCUGUCGUCUGUGGAGGAGGUCAAGUCCUCCCACAGCCAGAUGUCUAUGACAGAGGGACAGUCUCUGACUCUGAGGGCCAGCAUCCCCGGGGCCUCCAACAUCAGGUGGAUCCUGAAUGGGCUGGAACUGGCCAACUCGGACCAGUACAGAUACGGAGUGUCUGGAGAUGAGCAGACCCUGACCAUCAGGUCGGUCAGCCAGUGUGAGCAGGGGAUCGUGACAUGUCAGGCUCAAACGAGGCGAGGCCUGGUCCGUUGUCAGUUUGACAUCGCGGUCACGGCCAAGCGCUCAGACGGACCCCACGUCCUGGUGCAGCCAAGGUCCCAGAAUGUGAAUGAGGGACAAAAUGUGAAAUUCACAUGUGAGCUUGCAGGAGAGCCUUCCCCUGAGGUGGAGUGGUUGAAAGACAACGUGAUGAUAUCAGUCACAUCAAACAUUAGACUGAGCCGCUCCAAGACUGUGUACACGCUGGAGAUUUGUGAAGCCACAGUUGCGGACAGUGGGAAAUACACCAUAAAAGCAAAGAAUCAGUUUGGACAGUGCUCUGCAACAUCCUCCCUCAACGUCAUCACUCAUGUUGAAGAACCAACAAAAAUGAUUAUUGUGGAGCAAAGAGCUUCUACUGACGCUGCUGCCAGCAUGCAGAAACGUUUAUCUGGCUCAUCGGCUCUUAUGGAGGCGGCUUCCAUGCAGGCCAGCAGCUACAGCGGCAGCUCCCGCUCUGCUGCUGCCGAGUAUUCGUUUGAGAGCAUGUCUGCGUCUAGCAUGUCCACCAUGAUGGCUGAGUCAAUGGUUUCCAUGAGCUCCAGCAGCUCCAGCAGCCAAAUGAUGGAAAUGUCUGCUCACUCGCAUGCGGAGGCCUCCUCCUCGCUGAGGAGCCUCGCAGUCGGGGUUAAGAGAGGCGUUCCACCAAAGAUCGAAGCUCUUCCACAGAAUGUCAGCGUUGAGCCGGGGAAGUCCCUGACCGUGGCCGGGGUUUUCUCCGGAGAACCUGCUCCCUCCGUCCAGUGGGUCCGCUCGGGUCGGACCCUCCCCGACGGGAACGAGCGGUGCCACGUGGAGAACACCGCCGACUUCUCCACCCUGGUGAUCUCCGCGGUGAAGGAGGGCGACGCCGGAGCCUACACCCUCCGGCUGUCCAACGAGCUCGGCUCCGACUCUGCAACAGUCAACGUUCACGUUCGGUCCAUGUAA